CUGCCAGCAGGAAUGAUGGAGGCAGAAGCAGCAGUGGCAGAAACAGCUUGCUGUGACCACGGUACGUGUCAGCAGUAGUGGCGACAACCUGCAAGGACUUGAGGUGGUGGCUCAAUCAGUGGUAGCCUGCGAGUCUUUGUGGUGGUGACAGGAGGGGGCAGUGGCAGCGGAAAAAUCAGUGGCGACUUACAAAGCCUCACAGUGGUGACAGGAGCCGGCGGCAGUAGCAGCCUGCAAGGUGGCAGCCUCAAGGCCUUGUGGCGGUGAUAGAAAGUGAUGGCAGUAUCAGCAGCGACCUGUCACUCACAGCAGUGACGGGAGGUGGCGACAGUAGCAGUGGUGGCCUGCGAGGCCUUGUGGCUGCAACGAGAGGUGACGGCAGUAAUGGCGGCAGCCUGCAAGGUCUCGCGGCAGUGAGUAACGGCAGCAGCGGCAGAGUGCGUGGCUUUGCAGCAGCAACGGGCGGUGGAGGCUUGUGAGGCCUCACGGCAGCAACAAAAAAGUGGCAGCAGUAAUGGUGGCAGCCUGCAAGGCGGUGACAGAGUGACAGCAGUGGCAGUGGGCUGCGAGGCCUCACAGCCAUGACAGGGAGUAACUGUUAAGUUGUGGGUGAACAUAUCAGACGACACAGCAAUUCUUCAAACAGCUCUUGUAUAUUAAUAGGCCCAGAACAGAACUGAACCGAAGGGUUCAGCCAACCUGCUUAUAUAGAACUCCACUACUAGGCAACAGUAACAACUUUCUGUAACUAUCCAAUCACUGAACGUCACUUUCAAUCCCUUAUUUGCAUAUGUGGACCUGAGUGAAAACUAUCUACAGUAUCCUCCUGCUGGCCCAGGGUGAGAACUUCAGUACAUAACAGUAACGGCAGUAAUAGCACCCUGCAAGGCUUCAUGGCGGUGACAGGAGGUGGCAUCAGUAAGGCGGCAGCCAGCAAGGCCUUACCGCGAUGACAAAACAGUGGUGGCCUGCAAGGCCUUUCAGCGAUGAUAGAGAGUGAUGGCAGUAGCGGCGGUUGACUGUAAGGACUCACAGCAGUGAUGGGAGGUGGCGGCAGUAGCGGUGGCGGCUGCGAGACCUCAUGGUGGUGACGGAAAGUGGUGGCAGUAAUGGCAGCGGGCUGUGAGGCCUUGUGGUGGUGAUGGGAAGAGGCAGCAGUCAUGGCAUUGGCCUGUGAGGCCUAGCAGUGGCAACAGGAUUUGGCAGCAGAAACGGUGGUGGCCUGCGAGUCCUUGUGGCAGCGGCCUGCGUGGACUCGUGGCACUGACAGGAGGUGAUGGCAGUAGAGGCGUCCUACGAGGCCUUGACUGCGAGGGUCAUCUAGUCCAACCCCCUGAACAUAGCUAUCAACUUACAGAUUUGAAAAUAAGGGACCAGCAGCCUCAAAAAUAAGGGAUCAGCAGCCAAAAUAAGGGUUUUUCCAAGAAGUAUGUUCAACUUCUGAGCCCCUCCAAGGCAAAGGCAGAAAGCCCAGCCAGCAGCCAAACGAAGCCUCAGGCGGUGGUUCCCACAGUGCAGCAACCCGGCAAAGGGGAUGCAGCAAUCACCUCUCCGCUGGGAAGCGCUGAGCAAAGGCGAGUCCCCAGGCAACGAUUUGAUCGGCACAAGGCAUGCAAGCUCCACCCCCCAGUCGUUCUUAGACUCCUUAUUGGGUGAGCAACGCAGCCAAGCAACACAGUUGGAGCCUACCUCCUCCCUGGCCGGCAGGGAGGGAGGGAAAGGAGUUGCUUCCUUUGAAACCCAGGAAAUUUAAGGGACAUCAUCAAUAAGGGACAGCAGCGGGACACGGCACUGGGAUAAGGGACUUUCCCGCCAAAUAAGGGACGGUUGACAGCUAUGCCCCUGAAAUGCAGACAUCUUUUGCCCAACAUGGGGUUCUAACCCAUGAACCUGAGAUUAAGAACUGCAUGUUCUAAUGACUGAGUUAUGCAACAUGCCCACGUUUAGACACAUACGCAUGAUUAGAGGCACUCUAGCCAAAGCUACAAAGACAUCUAGAAUAUUUCUGUGGAUGGUGACAAUCGUCUGUCCUCAUGUAUAUGUGCUAUAACCUGCAAUUUGGAUUUUCUAUGUGGGGCACAGCUGUAGUUUCAUUGAACAAAUCUGCACAUCCUUAUCUCACUUUGCACUGGUGAUAAAUUUUGCAGGGGCCGUUUGCAUGGGGACCAAUGCCAGGAGAUGUCUCUGCUUCCUGUUGGGAAAACGCUAACAUUUAUUCAUGAAAGAUGAACCUGCCUGGAGAAAUAAGAAACUAGACCCGACUGCUCAUCCAUUAAUAAAUGUCUCAGUGACGCUGCCAACAACGUUUUAAUCUCCACUGCGUCUCUCUCUCUCUCUCUCUCUCUCUCUCUCUCUCUCUCUCUCUCUCUCUUAUAUUUUGUCCCAUUCUUGACAAAUUAAAAUUUCCCAUUACAGUAAAUCUUUGGAGUUCUCUUGUCUUUAGCUCCAUGACUCAGGCUGCCGGAUAUUAGCUGAGAGCUCCGUUCUAAUAAAUAAAUAAAUAACUCGGCUAAUUGAAAUGGCGAGGUGUCGCAGAUAGACAUUUUUAGGACAUUUGAGUGGCAAGGCUGACACGAUGCACCCCACUUGACACGGAGCGGCACGUUCCAGAGGAGAGAGAGAGAAACUGAGAUCUGGCUUUAAGUGGAAACGUUUCUAAGGCUGACACAGGUGUCUCCAUCCUGCCUGGAGUUCUGUGCAGGUUGUGAGGACCUCUGACCAUGAGGAGUAGAAAUAUAUUAUCCUACGCUCAUCGCUCGAGUUCCCAAGGCUUGACAUUGCAUCUGAGCUAUGAACCCAGCCCCUCUCAUCUUGUAAAUUGGUUGUGCCUUUUUCAGAGCAGGUAGUCUGCCUUCCUGGGACGCGGGUGGAGCUGUGGUCUAAACCACAGAGCCUAGGACUUGCCGAUCAGAAGGUCGGUGGUUCGAAUCCCCGUGACGGGGUGAGCUCCUGUUGCUCGGUCCCUGCUCCUGCCAACCCAGCAGUUCAAAAGCACGUCAAAGUGUAAGUAGAUAAAUAGGUACCGCUCCGGCGGGAAGGUAAACGGCGUUUCCGUGCGCUGCUCUGGUUUGCCAGAAGCGGCUUAGUCAUGCUGGCCACAUGACUUGGAAGCUGUCUGUGGGCAAACGCUGGCUCCCUCAGCCUAUAGAGCAAGAUGAGCGUGUAACCCCAGAGUCAUCCGCGACUGGACCUAAUGGUCAGGGGUCCCUUUACCUUUUUAGUCUGCUUUCCUAGCUGCAGAAGUGAAGGGCUGUGGGGAAGAAACUUCAGUAAAUACUCAAAAACACAUUUGCUUAUAAUUGCUACCGUCCAGAGGCAAAGGCCCAUAGUUUAAUAAAUUUAAUAAAUAGUAAUAAAAUAUAUCUGUUGCCUGUUAUACAGAGUUGGGCGGGUUUCGGUUUGUGAUUAUGACAUGUAUAUUGUGUUUUCGUAUUGUAAACCACCCUGUGAUCUUUGGUUGGAUAUGCAUACUCUCCGACAUUUCUCAGAUGAAAAGAGACGUCCUAUUCCAUAAUAAUAAUACAGUGGUACCUCGGGUUAAGAACUUAAUUCGUUCUGGAGGUCCGUUCUUAACCUGAAACUGUUCUUAACCUGAGGUACCACUUUAGCUAAUGGGGCCUCCCACUGCCGCCACACGAUUUCUGUUCUCAUCCUGAAGCAAAGUUCUUAACCUGAGGUACUAUUUCUGGGUUAGCGGAGUCUGUAACCUGAAGCGUAUGUAACCCGAGGUACCACUGUAAUAAAAAUUUAUACCCCGCCCAUCUGACUGGGCUGCUACAGCCACCCUGGGCAGCUUCCAACCUAUAUAAAAACAUAACAAAACAUCAAACAUUUAAUAACUUCCCUGUACAGGGCUGCCUUCAGAUGUCUUCUAAAGGUUGCAUAAUUAUUUAUCCCCUUGGGUCGCAUAACUGCACACCCUCCAACAUUUCUCUGAUGGAAACAGUGAUGUCCUAAGGAAAAGCAGGACAUUCCGGGAUCAAACCAGAAACCGGGACGACUUCUGCAAAUCUGGGGCUCUCCCUGGAAUAUAGGGACCCUGACCUGUUUUCCAGGCUGCGAAAUGGCAAUAAACAGCAGCAUCCCAGCACAAGGCUGUUGGGAGGGUAAAAACCACAGAGGGCGAGAGAUAGGAGCAAACCAGCAGUAAAUCACACCAAGCAAGUUGGCGUUAACCCUUUAUUAGCAAAAAUGGGGAUCUGCACAGGAGUGUCAGGCCAAAUGAACACAGCAAGUUGUCUAUGGCAAGUCCUGCCCCCAUGAAGGCGUUGCGGAGGCUGAAUUCCUGCUCCAUGAUUGCAGUCGUGGGAUUUUUGUCUAUCACACAACGGUGUAUGUUUUGACCCCACAGAGUGGGAAGUGACGGAAACAGGAUGUUUGUGUUACUGUGUUCUGUGAAGUGGGACUAUUGUCCUUUGUUCUUUCUCUUUUUGCUGUCUGAUGCUAGAGAGAGAGAGAGCCAUGUUGCAGUGCUCCGUGUGUGUUUAUAUGUAAAUAAAGUAGAUUAGCCAAAAUGCCGAGUUGCUGUCACGUGAACUGUGAAGACUCUGCGGAUCCCUAAGUGUGCCGUUGUUGGUUGGCAUUGGUCGCUGUGAUGUUCGGGCUGAAGAAAGCUUUUGAAGCUCCCGAACGAUCGACCAGGAGGGAGAGAACAUGCCAGUCGGGCAUGUGUCUCUGCCAGGGUCCUACUCGAGUGUAGGACGAGCUCCUGACAGGUCCCUGCCUCCCCACAGCUGCCGAGGUUCCUUCCUCUCCAGGGUUUAUCCCAAGCAAUCGGAGACUGUGCCUGCAUGGAGCCAACGCCUCCUCUGCCCUUUUUAUGCCUCUUCUGGUCCUGGAGACCAGGGCGAAGGGGAGCUUGUCACAGCAGAAGGGGGAGACACCCUGGCUUCUUCACCAGCCUGACUUCUGUAGGCCUCUCGGCCUCCCUCCUCUCCUCCUUCCGCUUCUGCCUCCGAUUCUCAACUGCUCUCUGCCACGGAUUCUCCCAGCUCACUUAGCCCUGUUACCCCCUUCCACUUCCGACACCGCUUCUCCCUCGGAUCACAACUUCCCAGGAUCUGAGCCUUCUUCCUUUGGGGGUUCCCCAGCUGGUUCCUCCCAACGUUCCUCUGCGUCCAACCGGUGCGUAGCAGCGAGGCAUGCUGGGAAUUUAAAAGUGUUAGGAAAAUAAAACUCUAUGCAUGGCGACAGGAACACCCCUACCAUCCCCCCCUUCCUUCUCCACGUAUCCCAGUAGGAAUAGCUCUUUGGCACUAGAUUUUUUUUUAAAGCAGUUAUUUGCGACCAUAAUGCAUCCGGCUGCACUUAGAGUGCUUUUAAAGAGGGUGAUUAGCAGCAAACGCUGCACUUCCUUAAUGAUCACCAUUACAAAGCACUGAAAGGAAGCCAGUUCUGGCAGACAUCUAGGCUUCACUCUGCCCAGACAUGGCCCCUUUUUGACUUCUAUGGGGCAGGUUAAGUUGAGAAGUCAAAGCUGUUCCCAGGGUGUGGCCGCUGUCACAUGCUGACAGCUUCCAGGAGCCGCAGGUGAGACCUGAGUACAGGGCAGGGACCAAAGGUGGACAAAGUAUAUCUGAAGGAGCGUCUCCACCCCCAUCGUUCUGCCCAGACACUGAGGUCCAGCUCCGAGGGCCUUCUGGCGGUUCCCUCACUGCGAGAAGCCAAGUUACAGGGAACCAGGCAGAGGGCCUUCUCGGUGGUGGCACCUGCCCAGUGGAACGCCCUCCCACCAGAUGUCAAAGAGAAAAACAACUACCAGACUUUUAGAAGACAUCUGAAGGCAGCCCUGUUUAGGGAAGCUUUUAAUGUUUUAUGUAUUACGGGAUUUAAAUAUUUUGUUGGAAGCUGCCCAGAGUGGCUGGGGAAGCCCAGCCAGAUGUAAAGGUAAAGGUAAAGGGACCCCUGACCAUUAGGUCCAGUCGUGGCCGACUCUGGGGUUGCGGUGCUCAUCUCGCUUUAUUGGCCAAGGGAGCCGGCGUACAGCUUCCGGGUCAUGUGGCCAGCAUGACUAAGCCACUUCUGGCAAACCAGAGCAGUGCACGGAAACGCCGUUUACCUUCCCGCCGGAGCGGUACCUAUUUAUCCACUUGCACUUUGACGUGCUUUCGAACUGCUAGGUUGGCAGGAGCAGGGACUGAGCAACAGGAGCUCACCCCGUCGCAGGGAUUCGAACCGCCAACCUUCUGAUCGGCAAGUCCUAGGCUCUGUGGUUUAACCCACAGCGCCACCCGCGUCCCAGCCAGAUGGGCAAGGUAGAAAUAAUAAAUUAUUAUUAUUAUUGUUGUUGUUGUUGUUAUUAUAUAAAGCACCCCAGAAGGAGCAGGAUGUGUCCCCCACCAAGGGACUAACCCUCCCCUAGCACCCCACCCCAGGAACCUUAGCACUACCAAGAUAUCAGUAGCCAUUUUUAAAGAUCUGUCCUCCUGCCAGCUGUUUCCCCCACCUUUCUGACAGCCGAGGCAGAAUCCCCAACCCAACCAAUGCUAGAACAGUUACUCGUUCAGAGAGGCACCGGGCAGUUUCUUUUGAGGGCUGGCGAUUCUGCACUGUGUUCUUUGACCAUGCCCAGAGUCAUGAGUGAUGCAAUAAAACUACCACCUCCACCUGGCAGGAGAGGAAGAGGCACAACCAGAGCAGCGACUCAUGCAGAGACACAGCGGGCAGCCUCCUCUGAGGUACAGAUGCCCUCGGCAGCCUACCAUAACCAUUUGAAGCAGAGCGAUUGGAGAGCAGAGCACCAUCAUGUUUCCUAUACCUAUUGUUGUUGUUUAGUCGUUUAGUCGUGUCCGACUCUUCGUGACCCCAUGGACCAGAGCACACCAGGCACCCCUGUCUUCCACUGCCUCCCGCAGUUUGGUCAAACUCAUGCUGGUAGCUUUGAGAACACUGUCCAACCAUCUCGUCCUCUGUCGUCCCCUUCUCCUUGUGCCCUCCAUCUUUCCCAGCAUCAGGGUCUUUUCCAGGGAGUCUUCUCUUCUCAUGAGGUGGCCAAAGUACUGGAGCCUCAGCUUCAGGAUCUGUCCUUCCAGUGAGCACUCAGGGCUGAUUUCCUUCAGAAUGGAGUGGUUUGAUCUUCUUGCAGUCCAUGGGACUCUCAAGAGUCUCCUCCAGCACCAGAAUUCAAAAGCAGCAAUUCUUCAGCGAUCAGCCUUCUUUAUGGUCCAGCUUGCACUUCCAUACAUCACUACUGGGAAAACCAUAGCUUUAACUAUACGGAUCUUUGUUGGCAAGGUGAUGUCUCUGCUUUUUAAGAUGCUGUCUAGGUAAUGUCUUGUUUUUCUCACCAACAGCAGUCUUGAGUGCUAAUGGCAGCAAAAGGGGUUGUGAAUUUUCUGAUAAUGCUCUAAAUUAAUCCCAAUCAGAAAAGAAGGGUAACAUUUUCUGCGGGGGCGGAGGGCCUGCAGAGCGAGCACAAUAUAUAGGAUAAUUAAAUAUUUUUAGGCUCGCCCAGCUCUCAUGAUUAGUUGCGUUAAUUAGAACCGUUUCCUCCCCCUCCUCCUUCGCUCAAUGCUUGGGGGAAGAACGGCGCCCCCCGGUGGCCAAAGAAGGAAACAAACGAUGACGCCGCCGACCGGGAGCCAAGAGCGUGUGCUGCUCUUUUAUUUCUGCAAAUGUUUUGAGAAUUUCUCUCUCUCUCUCUCUGCAUCACUACGGCAUCUCUGUCUUGGGAGUGGCAUCUCCCCCUUCCUUUUUUUCUUUAAACACUCCACCCAAAUUCGGUGCUAGGGAAAAGGGGAAAAAAAAUCUACUUUGCAUCUUAAUUUCUCAUUUCAGGGGGAGAAAGGAAGCACGUUGAGAGAGAGAACACUUAUUGGGGGGCGGCGGUAAAACAACAGGAUUUAUUUAUUUUUUAAAGUGGGAUUUAGCAAUAAAUCCCCACAAAUGCUGGGGAGCAAGAAACUGAUCUGCGUUUGCCCGUCAAAGCAAUUGCAUUUUUUCUUUCCCCCACGUGGUGGCCCCGAAGAGGGAGAUACUGGGGGCAAAAAGACGGAAAGGAAAGGACCCCGCAAGUUUCCCCCCUUCUUCUUUCCAUGAUCAAGCGGGGGGACUUUUUUUAAAAAGAGGGGGGCAUGGCGAUUUUUUUUGCGGGGGGGGUGUGUCGCGGUUCUGCACCAUGGACGGAAGCCUCUGCGGGAUAAUUCCUAAAGGGGGGGCUGUCGAAGAAGCCUCGUUAUCCGAGAUGCAUCGAGGCGGAUGGAGUUUUUUGGGGGGGGGUCGCGCGGAGAGAUAGGAGCAACUCAUCAGCGCACCCCAUAAAAUAUUUGAGGGUCCGCCUCCCCCCAUUGAUGGACAUUGCCAUUCAAAACAGUGCGUUUUGUGAUCAAUUGCUUGGGGUCCCCCACUGAUGGACAUUGCCAUUCAAAGUGCGUUUUGUGAUCAAUUGCUUGGGGUCCGCCACCCCCAAUAUUUUAUUCCAAUAAUAAAAUAUUGGAAUAAAAUAUUGGCAUCCCCGGGGGGGGGGGGAGAGAGCUAAACCCGCUCCCCCGGUUGCGCAUCAGCAAAAGGGACCCUCCGGACGCGCCGGCGAGGCUGGUCUGGUCUGGUCCUGGGGGGAGGGGGGACGCCUGCUCCAGGGCGCCGCCUGCUGGCGACGGGAGGGUAGGAGCGCCGCGAGGGGGCCGGCGGCGAGCCGGGGGCUCGGGAGGGCGGAGCAGGGGGUGCGGCAUCGGGAGCCGGGGAGCCGCGGCAGGAGCCUGUCUGCCAGCGCGGAGAGGCGGGCGGAGGCGGCGGCGAUGUUGCUCCUGCUCUUUUGCCGGCGCGGGGACUGAGCGGCGGCCCGCGCCGUCUUGCCUGCCUGCCCGGGAAGGCGCCAUGGAGAGCCAGCUGGCCCGCUGCAAGAUCGUGGUGGUGGGCGACAGCCAGUGCGGCAAGACGGCGCUGCUCCACGUCUUCGCCAAGGACACCUACCCCGAGGUACGGGGCGGGGGGGGGGGCAGCCGGCAGCCUCCCGCAGAGGGAGCCACAUCCGACGGGGCGGGGAUGCCGGAGGGGACGGAAGGGACCCCCGACGGUCGCGGUGGGUGGGUAUUGGUGGGUGGGGGGUUCGGGAGAUGCAGCCGGAGAGGGGCGUCCAGGCAAGGCGAGCAGGGCUGCCGGUUGGCCAGCGGGGUCUCCGGUUCCUCCGAGGGGGCGGCCGGCCGGCCGGUCUCAGGACGUCGAAGAACCGCAGCUCGGUGGGGUUAGCGCCCGCUUUGCCCAGGUCUUGGAUCCCCGACGGCAGCGUCGUCCCGAGAGGGCGGAGAGCCCGUGUUUUUAGACGGUGCCCACUGGGUAGGGUGUUCCCUCGGAUGUGGCCGGAGACUGCGGGAUUUGGGGGGUCUUAGGAAGGGAUACGGCUUGUGUCACCUGUUGGGAGAGCCAGGGGCAAGAUGGGAGCAGGAAGAGGCAAACGCACAGAACUGAAAUACUCUGGAAGUGGAGGGGCAAAAUGCAAGGGGUUGUGUGUGUCCUGUGGGGUGUAAAAUAGGUUUUUUGGGGGGCUGAAGGGACCUGGAAGGGAUUCUCCGCACAGGGGGCGGUUCAAGGCGCUUCCCCGCUUCUGCCAUAAUCGAUUCCUUCAUCUUCCAAGGUGCCACAAAAAUCCUCUUUUUCGGUUAGACUGACUUAGCAGGUUAGGUUAGAAAGAGAGUUUGGGUGUCUGGGUGGGGGGACAAUUUUGAGAGGGGUGAAGGAGAUGGAGGAGGUUCAAGUGAGGAGUCUGGUUCAGGGCAAGCUGGGAGGGAGAUUUAGGGUUCUGUAGGGAAACUAUGGAACUGAGGAACCGCUGGAACAUCAGGCGGAAUGUCAGAAACCUGGAACAACCUGCCUGCCUGCCUUUGUGGGGCAGCUGGAUUUAGGGCACAGCAUCUAGUUCCCUCUAGCUGAGGGCCAUAAUAAUAAUAAUAAUAAUAAUAAUAAUGGUAGCUACUAAGAAGCUACGUAAGAAAGCAACUCUACCAAAAGGAAUUAUUGUGAAAAUAAGAAAUAUUCUUUUUUGCGGGGGGCACCAAAUUUUGUCCUUGCAUAAAACCGGCCUCUGUUGGGACUGAGGUUUGCAGAACUCAGUAAAAGACCUAGAGCCUCUUCUCAGUGCCUUGGCUGAGUCCUGAGACAGAACUUCCUCUAAGCAACCAGGGAGGACCUCUCUUUUGCUUUUACUGUAACAUGGCCAGGAUCCCACACGAACCACAAAUUCGGACGAAAGGUCUUCCAGAGGCAGAGGCGUGCACCGUAAAUGUUUGCUUUCAGAAACGGAGCGUUGCUCUUGGGGUUGUGGGGUCCGGCCGCGAGUGUGUCAGGGACCCAGGCGUGCGAAAUCUGGGUUGGGGGUGCUUGCAGGGGGGGGGAUGUUUCUCCCAGUCGGCGGCAUUCUGUGGUUUCAUGCGUUCUGUUGUCUCUGCCGCCCCUCCCUUGCAGAACUAUGUCCCCACGGUGUUUGAGAACUACACGGCCAGUUUUGAGAUCGAAAAGCAGCGCAUCGAACUCAACAUGUGGGACACUUCAGGUGAGUGUGGAGCAGGAGGGAGGGAUUUGCGCUUGGGAAAGUCUGGGUUGAAAUUUGGGUUGGGGGCAGGGAGUGCUCUGGAACUGGUAACUGGGGUGAAUUUUGCCUGUCCCAGUUGAGGGUUUUUGCGACAUAUUCCUGUUUACCCAAAUGAAUGUGCCCUCUGAGGGAUUCCAGGAGUUUUAGCGCCACUGCCGUACAAGGGACAGUUUAUUUGUUUGUUUCCUUGUUUUCCUUGACCAUUCCUAACCUUGCUUGGAAGAUCUUUCUUUCCUGGCUGCAGCUGCCUGGUUUGGAAGUUUUGUGCUUCGCAUGUGUUUGGGUGGAUACUUUCCUCCCUUAUAAUUUUAACUUGGAGCAUUAGUUUAACCAGUGUUUCCCAAACUUAGGUCUCCUGCUGUUUUUGGACUACAACUCCCAUCAUCCUUGCUAUCUAGGGAUGAUGGGAGUUGUAGUCCGAAAACAGCUGGACACCCAAGUUUGGGAAACACUCGGAGUUAAACCACCAUCAGGCUUUAAAUUUCUCCCACUGACUUCCACAAAGGAUUAUCAGUUUCCCUUUUUCUCUUGGCUCCAGAAAUUGCCGUUAACACUCGUGCAGUGUUUUCCAGCAUUCUCCUUCCAUGCGUUCUUGGGAUUAUUAUAAUUUUACCCCAAGGCUCAAGCCUGUGCUGUUUUCUGGAAAACCCUUUCCCUUAAUCUCAAAUGCGGUAAGGGGAAAAUCUCUCUUUCGUAUGACUUCAUAUGUUUCAGCUAAGCACUGGUACUUGGAUCCUGGUCUAGUAAAACCUAGUUACACAUCAAGCCCUUUGUUGGGGGGAGCAGUUGUGAUGAACUGGUGGUGACAGAAAGACUCUUUGUAUAUGCUCAGAGUUUGCUUCUCCCAGAGCUGGGCAACAGCAUUACAAGGUGGUUCUGCUGCUGAGACCUGCUUCAAAUCCCAUCUCGGAUAUCCCUUAUAUAAAAUUUCCCCCCUCAACUAUAACACCGCUCAUAACCCUCUCUGGAUUAUGUGGGGCUGGCCUGCUUUACCUACUUUUUUGAAAAGGUUAUAGGGGGAUAACAUGAUCCGGCUAAAAUUGGGUGGGGGUGGAAAUCAUGAUGCUGGAGCUUUCCAAUUUCAUUUAAGGACCCCUCCCUGCCUCUUCCACCACCACCCUGCCCCCACCUGCAGUAAUUAAAGUACCAUAUUUUUCGCUCUAUAACACGCACCCGACCAUAACACGCACGUAGUUUUUAGAGGAGGAAAAUCCGUAGGCAUGCCACCCGUAGGCAUUCCCUCCAUAACACGCACAGACAUUUCCCCUUACUUUUUAGGAGGAAAAAAGUGAGUGUUAUGGUGCAAAAAAUACGGUACUUCCUUCCUAUCCACUCUGUGGCCUCUUUAUUUUUGGUGUCCUGUUUCCUGGUAGCACCUGCCUAGGAGUACCUGUGAGAAGGUACAGAAUGAAUUCUGAGAUUCAGGGUGAGGCCAAGAAUGAAUGAGGCACGAAAAGCUCCGGAUCCGAGGGCAGACCUCGCCCCUGGAAGGAAUGUAAGGGGAGAAGGGCCCGUUUUCGUACUUUAUUUGCCUGCAAAGAGGGAACGUUGAGUUCUUGCCAGCAUUUUAGAAGCAGCUGGGUCCUGGAAGCAAUUCUGGGGGUUGUCUGGCUCAGCCUGGCUGCCUUUUAUGCCUUUUAUUUGUAACCCCUCCCCCCCAAAACACCCCCAUUUCUUUGUGGUUUUCCAUAUGUGAGAGAAGGGGCGAUGUUGUGCUUCAGGCUUGAUGCUACAGAGGAGGAACAGAGGAAGAUGCAAUGCUUUGGCCAUGAUGUGUAGGAUAAAUGUCCCCAUUUUUGUUUUGUUUUGAGAGAGAAGGAUCACCCAAACUACCGGGGCUUCUUCUUUCCUCUGCCUCGACUCCAGCUUUUGCAUUUAUUAACUUCGCAGCCUCGCGAUUGGCACGGCCAGAGCCUUGCGUUGGCACGGCACCUCUCGCCUGCUUUUGUCGAGUUGCGUAAAGGGCUCUCCUGUGUGCAGUGCAGCUGUGGCAAAAUUGCCGGUGGCUCCUCGGGAGGACUGCAGAAAGGCUCUUCUGUCUGGGUAGAGAAAAGAGCGUCUCUUCCUUGGGCUGUGGGAGGAGGAAGCAAGCAAACAAUCCUCCUGCUGUGGGAGGCCGGAGCGCGGUGCACAAAACGAUCACAAAGCUAACGGCGCAGAGACGCGAGCGUUGUUUGGAGCUGGCAAACGUUCCGUGGCUAACAGGCGAGCGAGCUGCAGCCACAGACUCUGCAGUCUGGCCAAGGGAGGAGAGUCGCAGAAAUGCUUCGUAACGGAUCAGCUAGGCUCAUGGCAAAUUGGCAGAGGGUUGGUCUAUAGGUGUCUUAUUAAGCCGUGUGUGCUAAUGACCGAAAACUGCACUUGGAGAUGAGAGGCUUUUAGGGAAGGUGUCCACCAUCGGUUUGGAAAGGUGUGGGCUACCUGUGGCACACCGGACAUCGAUAGAUUUCCACUUCCUAGCCGGUAGGCUGGGAUGUUGCUCCUAGCAACAUGUGGCUGGCCCCAGGUUCCCCAUCCCUCAGAUAUAAGCCAGGAUAGAAAGUGCUUUUCAAUGUCACAGGAGGGGUGGCGAUGUGGUCCAAAACACUGAGCCUCUUAGACUUGCUGAUCAGAAGGUCAGCAGUUUGAAUCCCCGCAGCAGAGUGAGCUCCCGUUGCUCUGUCCCAGCUCCUGCCAACCUAGCAGUUCGAAAGCACGCCAGUGCAAGGAGAUAAAUAGGUGCCGUUCCAGUGGAAAGGUAAACAGCGUUUCCGUGCACUCUGGUUUCCGUCACUGUGUCCCGUUGUGCCAGAAGUGGUUUAGUCAUGCUGGCCACAUGACCUGGAAAGCUGUCUGUGGACAAACGCCAGCUCUCUCGGCCUGAAAGUGAGAUGAGCGCCACAACCCCAGAGUCGCCUUUGACUGGACUUAACUGUCCAGGGGUCCUUUACCUUACUUCUGUAGAGGGAUUUUUGCCUCUGACCCCAGACCCUCCAAGGAUCCCUAUUUUCCAGGGACAGUCCCGGAUUUACAGAAGCCGGCUCGAUUUCUGAUUAGAUCCUGGAAUGUCCCACUUUUCCUUAAGAUGUCCCUAUUUUCAUUGGAGAAAUGUAGGAGGGUAUGGAUUUAGGCGACCCCUGAGCCAAGGAGAUAAGGAACUAUACAACCUUUAGAAGACAUCUGAAGGCAGGCCUGUAUAAAGAAGUUUUUCAAUGUUUAGUGAGCUCACCCCGUUGUGGGGAUUCGAACCACCAACCUUCUGAUCGGCAAGCCCUAGGCUUGUGGUGUAGACCACAGAGCCACCCGCGUCCCAAUCAUGGAAUAGGAUGCCCCUAUUUUCAUCAGAGAAAUGUUGUUGGUUUGCCACAUCCCAAAGGACUUAGAAAUUAGCCGUCCUGUUUCAUAUGCGCUUUGCCAUGCAGCAACGAAGGGGUUAUGUUACUGGUGGGAUAAAUGAAGCCUCUCGUUCCACCCAGGGUUCAGACAUUCGUUCUACAGCCCCUGAAAUCCUGCUCCAGAAUGGGUGGCUUUUCAGUCUUGUCCGGCAAAGCAGCUUUGAAUGCUCUUGGAAGGAUGUGCCUGCCCUUGGCUGGCUUGGAGCAGAAACCCUCCGAGAUUUGAGCACUUGGGUGGUGGUGCUCACAUGCCCAAAGUAAUUGAUUAGGAACAUUUCUGAGCACAGAAACUGUCUGCAAGGGAGAAUAGGAGUUACAGCUGCUUAAUUUAUUGCAUUGCAAGUGCUGCAAGUCUGGAGGGAGGGUGGCGAGAAUGUAAAGGAACGUUAAGUCUUCCUGAUAGGAACAGCAGUGGAUGUUCUAAUUCAUGGGUGGGCAAACUAAGGCCCGGGGUCCGGAUCCGGCCCAAUCCGGCCUUCUAAAUCCGGCCCAUGGACAGUCUGGGAAUCAGCGUGUUUUUACAUGAGUAGAAUGUGUCCUUUUAUUUAAAAUGCAUCUCUGAGUUAUUUGUGGGGCAUAGGAAUUCGUUCAUUCCCCCCCCCAAAAAAAUAUAGUGCGCCCCCCCAAGGUCUGAGGGACAGUGGACCGGCCCCCUGCUGAAAAAGUUUGCUGACCCCUGUUCUAAUUCUCUGCCACUGCCUCUUGUUAGCUUUUUUAAAAAAGCAGGGUUCUCAGUUACAUCGCUGCUUUUAUCCUGAAACUAUUUUAAAGCUAAAAGCGAGGAGGAAACAAGUGUAACCAUUCAAAUCCUGCCCCUCUUGGUGUUAGUUUUUCAACUCUUCAUUCCCAAAUGCUUCCUUUGGGAAAUGUGCUGUGUUUUUAUUUCGAAGCGAGAAGCUCCGGUCUGUUUGGAAAUUGCAGCGAAUCCAUAAUCCCCAAUAACGCAGGGGUCAAUUGCUGCUGCCUAGGGGCUCACUCUUUUGUUAAUGCUUAGGUUAUUUCCGUGUCGAGUCGUGGCAACUGCAGUCAAGUUUCAUGGCUCACCUUAAGCCUCCCUAUUCGUUCCUUCUGAAAGUCUUCCAGAGGCAAAGCUGAGGACUGCGAAUAGCCUACCUCAUGUGAAGCCCUUCUGGGGUUGGGUCUCCACAAAAGCCCUCUCCCAGCCUUUAUAAACAACACCACCACAACUCUCACUAUUUCCAUAAGGAAACUUUGAUUGCCUUCUUCCUUCCCUGGCAAUAUGUAAUUUGACAUCCUUUAUGUGUUUGUUUGUUUGUGUGUGUGUGUGUGUGUGUGUGUGUGUGUGUGUUAUCUCACUGCAUUACAGAUAGGGAUGAGGGCGGAUUUUGUUUGGUCUGCAUUUUUAAGCAAGCCCACCUAAUUCGUGUCUCCCAGGCUAAAAUCCACUGAUCGGAACAUAAUUAUUCUCCCACUUCUGCGCUUCUCUGAAUUUUUUUUCUUUAUUGGCCCCUUUUUUCAGCCGAGAAGUGUAUUUUAGGAUAAAAUGCAUUUAGAAAUGUGUGCUUUGAGAUAAAAGAUGAAUUUAAAUACGGUGGGGUUUUCUUGGCACCAGUUUUAAAAUGUUAACAUUAAAGUGGAAACAGGAUGGAACAGGCAUCCAGGAUGAACUCGUGCAAACUAGACCGAUCCACCUGUCCGUAAUUGCAGGUGGUGGAAGCCAUUGGUCACUUCCUAAUUAAAAUCCCUCCAACUCCUGGUGGUGUGUUAUCUCUCCCAAGGCUUGGUCUUCUGGGAAGUGGCUUGCAGAGGUUUUUCCCCCACCCAAAUCCCUGACCAUAUAAAGAACUGCUGAGUAGCUUUGAAUAGGUACCCGUGGUUUUUCCUUCCUCGCAAAGGAGGAAUGCCAUCUGUACUGUUGUUCUGUUCCGUUUGUUCUCUUCCUCCUUUACAGCUAUCCUUCUCUAGAGACUCUGGUGAGCAGUAGUCCUUUGGGGGACGCUGGGGGCAGGAAUGACAGCGCUGGUGGGACUACAAAUGGUUUCAGAGUCUUAAGUGGGUUGUCUUGUACCAGUGCAACCACUCUUGCACCUCUUUCGGUCUAGCUUGGGUCUCAUGAGCUGCUGUAUGUGAGGCGAAGCUUAAGACCACCCCAUAAGCUUAAGACCACCCCAUAUCAUGCACCCUCCACGACUGGGAAUCAGUACCCUUUGAUACGCACACACUAGGGCUGGGCGAUAUCUGGUUUUCAGCAUCGUAAUAUAUCACCAGCUAAAAAAUGCAAUGUACUGCUAUUUCACAGUGUCUGAAAUAAGGAUGGAGCUAUGUAGACAGGCAUCGGCUGGCUUCACAGUUUUCCGCGCAUCGUGAUUUUUGCCGGUGCCUGCUCUUGUGAUUCGCUGCAGAGUUAACAGGGGCUGCAGGAAUCGAGAGAAGCACUGGCUUGCUUCACGGUUUCCCCCACAUUGUGAUUUUUGCAUAGCGCGCAUACAGUGGUGCCUCGCAAGACGAAAUUAAUUCGUUCCGCGAGUUUUUUCGUCUAGCGAAUUUUUCGUCUUGCGAAGCACGGUGUCGGAAAAGUUUUGGAAAAGCUUCAAAAAUCACCAAAAACCUCAAAACAGGCUACCACACCGCGUUCUAUGAGUUGCUCCUCGAAGUCAAGUCGCAACUGUAUUAACGGUGUUAAGAAAAAGGAAACAAACUUGCAAGACGUUUUCGUCUUGCGAAGCAAGCCCAUAGGGAAAUUCGUCUUGCGAAGCAGCUCAAAAACCGCAAAACCCUUUCGUCUAGCGAGCUUUUCGUCUUGCGAGGCAUUCGUCUUGCGGGGCACCACUGUAUUGUAUACCAUGAUUCGCGAUAUAUUGCCAGGUCAAAAAUUAUGAAACAGAUUAUCACGAUAUGAACCAGUUUUGGAUGAUAUAUCGCCCAGCCCUAACAUGCACCGUGAUUCGCGAUAUAUUGCCCGGUCAAAAAUUACGAAACUGAUAUCACAAUAUGAACUUCAAACUGGUUUUGGACGAUAUAUUGAUAUAUCAACCAGCCCUAACACGUGUGUGUGUGCGCGCAUGCACGCACACACACACACACACACACACACACACACUGUCCUAAAGGACUGCAUUGAAGCAUGUUUCUCAAAUGCAUCAUGCCCCUAGGCCACACUGAGGAAAAGGGAAUGUUUGCACCUUGAAAUAAAGUCUUGGCCCACCCAAAAUUAGACAUCCCUCCCUCCAAAAUACAGUGGUACAUCUGGAUGCAAACGGGAUCCAUUCCAGAGCCCCGUUCGCAUCCUGAGUAGAACGCAAUCUGCAACUGCGUAUGCGCGGGUCGCGAUUUGCCGCUUCUGCGCAUGACAUCAUUUUGAGCGUCUGCGCAUGUGCGAGCUGCGAAACCUAGAACUAACGUGUUCUGUUACUUCUGGGUCGACGCAGAGCGCAACCCGAAAACGCUCAACCUGAAGCAUAUUUAACCCGAGGUAUGACUGUACUGCUUCCCGCAAGGCUACCCAGCGUCACGUCCAGACCAGUGCUUUGGUUUUGCCCAGGUUCCUGCCAGCUAUACUGCUCAUCUGCUGACAGUUCCCAGUAUGCCUAUAAACGAAUAAAGGAUUGGUGUCUCUCCCCCCUCGAAACAGGCUUUGGGCUGUCCUGAAUCAUGCAAGCUUCUCCCAGAUGCCUUGGCAUCAUGUCUGGCCCAGAGCUUCACUUGCGAUGUCCCCUGCCAUUUAUUUCUUCUCCUCGCAAGCGCGCUGACAAAUGCGUCCCUCCAGGAACGAGGCUCUCCUCCAGCUGCUGCCGCUGCCUCUGGCAGCAGCCUCCUUUUAAGCAGUGAAAGGCAGCGCUUCGGAUAUCACAGCAGGCAGCCGUUUUAAAAUCCAAAAGAGGAAGGGGGUGGAAGGAAGCCAUUGUGAUGAGCAUUCCCACCCACCCCCAAAAAGGAGCCAAAACCAAUCCAUCAGCUACAAAUGGGGUGGAGAUUGGGGGUGUGGGCAUUUUCCUAUACAGUGGUACCUCGUGUUACAUACCAUCCCCCUUGCGAAUGCUGCGGGUUACGAGCUCCGCUAACCCGGAAAUAGAUGCUCUGGGUUGCGAACUUUGCCCCAGGAUGCGAGCGGAAGUCGAAUGGUGGCAGCAUGGCAGCAGCGGGAGGCGCCAUUAGUGAAAGUGCGCCUCAUGUUAUGAGUGGUUUCAGGUUGAGAACGGACCUCCGGAACGAAUAAAGUUCAUAACCGGAGGUACCACUGUAUGGGUUUCCCCAAACUUGGGUCUCCAACUACAGUUCCCAUCAUCCCUGACCACUUGUCCUGCUGGCUAGGGAAGAUGGGAGUUAUAGUCCAAAAACAGCGGGAGACUCAAGUUUGGGAAACCCUGGUCUAGAAUGUAAAAGCCUAUUUCAUUUGUUGUGGUGGUGGUUUUUAACCAAAACCCAAUUCCACUAUAAGAGACCCACUUAAAGAGUUGAGUUGCUACAGGUUUUCCGUGUGAUGAGUGUUUCUGUUCCAUAGCUGGAUUUCAUGGGAACGAUGGGAAAGUGUGUUUCAGUUUGUCAUUGCUGUUUAUUUGCCUCCAUCUCACUAUGCGAUGCUUUAUGGCAGGAGUGGGAAACCUGAGGCCCUCCAGACCAGGUCGGACUCCCCCUCCCAUCAGCCCCAAACAUAAUGAUCAGGACCCCAGGUUCUCCACCCACCCCACUUACAAAACGAUAAUACGAUACGAUAAUCUUUAUUGUCAUUGUCCCAUACAGAACAACGAAAUUGGAAAAAAUCUACAUCAGACAUUCAAAAACCAACAAGCCUGCUAUCCCAACUAUCCUAGCCUGGUUGACCCCCUAAAAACUCUGAUACCCCAUAAUUAAAUACAAUAUACUCCCAUAGAGACUGCGUUUAAAACCAAAAUCGCAUUUGGAUAGAAACUGUUUCUCAGGCAGCUAGUCCUAGUCCUAGUCUUUAUAACCCUGUACCUUCUUCCAGAAGGCAGAAGCUGAAAGAGAUCACAAACUUCACGAAUGGAGACAAUUAUUAUUAUUAUUAUUAUUAUUAUUAUUAUUAUUAUUUAUUAUUAUUUAUACCCCGCCCAUCUGGCUGGGUCCCCCCAGCCACUCUGGGCAUCUUCCAAUAAAACACUAAAAUACAAUAACCUAUUAAACAUUAAAAGCUUCCCUAAACAGGGCUGCCUUUAGAUGUCUUCUAAAAGUUUGGUAGUUAUUUUUCUCUUUGACAUCUGGUGGGAGGGCGUUCCACAGGGCGGGCGCCACUACCAAGAAGGCCCUCUGCCUGGUUCCCUAUAACUUGGCUUCUCACAGUGAGGGAACCGCCAGAAGGCCCUCGGCGCUGGACCUCAGUGUCCAGGCAGAACGACAGAUGUUGUAGCUGCAUCACUGUUGGGUUUGGUCGGGGAUUGUUUUGGGGAGCUAAGGGUUUAAGUGAAAAGCACAUUGUGGCUGAGUUUCUGGGGGGAUGUGGAGGAUGACAGAGGACCAAACUGGGUGAGAUCUUGAAGGCAGCCAGGUGGUUUCACUUCACUGUCUCCAGUGUUGUUUUUACCCCAGAAUAACAGCCACAGGGGGGAAGUUGGGAAAUGUGGGGUGUGGGGAGGGGUUUUUCCAUCCUGCCCCUCUAAGCUGCCACUUGUCUCUGGAGGGAAGUUUCCGAAGGAAGCUGAACCCUUGCCCGACUCCAUUGCACUCCAGUGUACCUUUCAAUAUCCUCUUAUUUUCUCAACAGCUUAAAUUUAGAAGGGGGUGGGGGUGGGAACUGGGCAUAUUAAAUGCUCACACCUUUAGCUUGUCUAGUCUAGCCCUCUGUGUGUGUGUUUUAUUGUCAUUUGCCCCAAAGCACUGGAAAUACAAUACAAAGCGGGUAAAAGAUGCUUUUUACUGGAACAACAUAGCUUGGUAUACGAUUAUGCAAGCUUUCAAGUUAUAAAAAAAACACUUCCUCGGGCAUGAAUUGAUAAUUCUACUUCCAUGGUUCUGGUUUCUUUCCCUAGUUUGUGGAAAGUGCUGGAGGAAAAGUAGAGCUAACCUUUGCAUCUUUUCCUGGGCUGCUGCUUCUGCGCUCUGUUUUGCAAAGUCAACGAACACCCGUUCCCUUGGACCCCAGCAGAUUUGACCCCAAAUUUCUAUUUUCUUUUCUUUUUUUAAAAAAAAAAACAUUGUGCGAGCUGCCGGCUCGGCGAGAGAUAAAGCACUUGCUGGUCUCUGUUUUCCUUGGUGCUCUUCAGAGAUUGGUGAAGAACCCGAAGCGAGGGAAACGGCUUAUCGAUUUUUCUCUUCCUCUUUCCCCAGAGAAUGUGCGCGGCUGCUGAAAUUGCUUGGAUAAGGUCUGUGCUGAUGGAUGGAUGCAAAUCUUGGUGUGUGGAGAGCAGAGGGGAAGGGGGAGGCGAUGCAGUGAUCCUGAAAAUGACUUUCACAGGGACAGGACUGGUGAGGGAAGCGUCACAAGGAGAUAGCAAAUUUCUAAGUGCGCCCCUGUUUUGAAUCUGAGGCUGUGAAUAUGUGAAAUACCCUGAGAGUUGUCUAGUCCAACCCCCUGCAAUGGAGGAAUCUGAGCUAAAGCAUCCAUGACGGAUAGCCACCCAACCUCUGCUUAAAAACUUCCAAGGAAGGAGAGUCCACAACCUUCUGAGGGAAUCCGUUCCACUGUCGAACAGCUCUUCCCGCCAGAAAGUUCUUCCUGGUGUUUAGUUGGAAUCUCAUUUUUCUUGUACCCUGAAUCUAUUGGUUCGGUUCCGGCCCUCCAGAGCAAGAAAAAACAAGCUUGCUCCAUCUCCCAUCUUUAGAAUUUGAAGAUAACAUUUGAAAAUCAUAGAGGAGAACGUCUCUGAGGAUGUGCAGAGGGUCAACCUCUAAGUACCAGAGACCAACAGCUAGCUCCCAAGGGCAAUUAAUAAUAAUAAUAAUAAUAAUAAUAAUAAUAAUAAUAAUAAUAAUAAUAACUUUUAUUUAUACCUCACCCUCCCCAGCCAAAGCUGGGCUCAGGGCGGCUAACACCAAUAAAAUCACAGUAAUAACAUAAUAGGGGGGAAAGAGAAAAACACACACAUUUAAAAUACAGGUUAAAAUGCAAUUUAAUAUGCAGCCUCAUUUUAAAAUAGCCAAUAAAUCAAGACCAUAAGGGGAGGGAAACAUAAGGGUCAGACUGAGUCCAAACCAAAGGCCAGGAGGAACAGCUCUGUCUUGCAGGCCCUGCGGAAAGAUGUCAAGUCCCGCAGGGCCCUGGUCUCUUGAGACAGAGCAUUCCACCAAGACGGGGCCAGUACUGAAAAGGCCCUGGCCCUAGUUGAGACCAAUCUAACCACCUUGCGACCUGGGACCUCUGAAAUGUUGUCAUUUGUGGACCUUAAGGUCCUCCGUGGGGCAUACCAGGAGAGGCGGGGCUGUAGGUACAAGGGGCCUAGGCCACAUAGGGCUUUAAAGGUCAAAACCAGCACCUUAAACCUGACCCUGUACUCCACUGGGAGUCAGUGCAGUUGGUAAAACACUGGAUGAAUGCUAUCCUUAGGUAACACUUCAUAACCUUUCAGAAAUCAGUUGCUGGCCCAGUGGGGUAAUGAAAUAAAAUUGUCUAGAGAAAGAAACCUAAUGCCUUUUGGAGAGUUGUGGGUUAAAUGAAAUGAAACCUUACAUGAGCUGAGUGAGCCAUAAAAGGCUUCCUGGGCUACUUAGCAGUGAGCAAAAAAACACUUGGCACAUGGUCUGAUGUGCUCAAUCAUUACUUAGAAUCAGAGUUGGAAGGGAUCCUGAGGGUCAUCUAGUCCAACCCCCUGAAAUGUAGUAAUCUUUUGCCCAGCGUGGGACUUGAACCCAUGACACUGUGAUUAAGAGUUUCUACUGAGUGAGCUAUGGUGGGUUCAGUUCAUUCAUUACGAUUUUUUCUCCAGCGCUUCCUCAGUGGUGCUCAAGCUUGCGCACUGAGUUUACCUACUCGUGAGGUUGGUUGUGCACAGAAAGUGUGACCGGCGCAAGGUGUGAGCAGUGCCUUGAACCUGGGUCUCUCUGGCCAUAGUGCAAUCUGUGAGCCAGGAUGCCACCCUGGCUGAGCUGAGUCCUGGCGCUCAAUACAUGACUGACUGAGGAUGCUAAAACUUUGCCUUUGCCCAAGAACACACAGCAGUCAGUGGGUGUAUACAGUGGUACCUCGGGUUAAGAACUUAAUUCGUUCCGGAGGUCCAUUCUUUCUUUUUCCCCCAAAAAUUUUUUACUCAUUUUAUAACACAAAUAAAAAACACAAACAGAAAAGACAAACAAUACAAACAAAUUCUUGUCAUAUCCUUAUUUUUCUAAACAUUGUUAAGUGGGCUUCCCCAAGUCCCACCUAUCUGAUUUUCAUUUUACUUCAUCUUUAGCAGUUUACAUAUAUCAUAAUUUCUAACCAUCUCCCCCCCCCCCCAUACACACUUACUUUAACCAUAAAAAAACUUCACAUUUUACCGGAGGUCCAUUGUUAACCUGAAACUGUUCUUAACCUGAGGUACCACUUUAGCUAAUGGGGCCUCCCACUGCCACUGUGUAACCUCUGUAACCUGUACAGUGGUACUUCGGGUUACAUACGCUUCAGGUUACAGACGGUUCAGGUUACAGACUCCGCUAACCCAGAAAUAGUACCUCGGGUUAAGAACUUUGCUUCAGGAUGAGAACAGAAAUCGCGCGGCUUCAGCAGGAGGCCCCAUUAGCUAAAGUGGUACCUCAGGUUAAGAACAGUUUCAGAUUAAUAACAGACCUCCGGAACGAAUUAAGUACGUAACCUGAGGUACCACUGUAUUUCAGUUUUGGAAUCUUUCAUUUGGAUCAAGACGGGGCUUGUUUAGUUUGAGCCGGGCUUCCCUUCGCCCGGGACUCUGGAGUGUCUGUGCGUUGGAUGUGACACUUUGGUGUUGGAAUAUGGGAAGUAGCAAGAAGACUGUGCUUUUCCCUUACCAAACAUCUCAUGUGGGAUUGGGUGAUGGCAGGUCAAAAUCCUGUUUCCCAGGCAGGCUUGAACCCCAGCACCUUUCUCAAGGAAACUGAGCGCUGCCAACAGCAUCUUUAUUUAGAAAGGCAUCUUGCAUCCUUUUUUGAAAAACUCCAAACAUGGAGAAAAGACUUUGGCUGUGGAAUUCUCCUGUGCAGCCGGGACCUCCCACCAUCCAUCCAGCGAGCAUUUAGCUCAGAGAGGAGUGUGGGAACCUGCGGCUCCUGAUAAAGAUCCCCCGCUUUGCGGAAGGGGGGACAUAAAGAAUGUGGAGGAAUGUUGAUGAGAUUAAGGAGACAAAUAGGCAGCUGGAGAGUUGGGAAGGGUGGUGGGGGGCAGGAGAGAAGGAGGGUACCCCUGUGUGUUGUUGCUCACUCCUCACUGCACAGCUAAGGACUAGAGAGUGGGGUGUCAGGAGUACCACAUCACUUCAAAACAGGGGUGGUGUUAACAGAGAAUCAUAUACCCAAUUGCUUUUUUUCUGAGGGAAAAGUUGCUUUUCUCUUUCGCCAUUCUCCAGUGUGCGGCAGGGGAACUCACCACGAAGUCUGAUUGUUUAUUGCGGGCCCAGUCAUAGUGCCACACAUGGGCAGCGGUUAAAUGUAAAAAGGUAAAGGGACCCCUGACCAUUAGGUCCAGUCGUGGCCGACUCUGGGGUUGCGGUGCUCAUCUCGCUUUACUGGCUGAGGGAGCCGGUGUACAGCUUCCGAGUCAUGUGGCCAGCAUGACUAAGCCGCUUCUGGCGAACCAGAGCAGUGAACGGAAACGCCAUUUACGUUCCCGCCGGAGCGGUACCUCUUUAUCUACUUGCACUUUGACGUGCUUUUGAAUUGCUAGGCUGGCAGGAGCAGGGACUGGGCAACGGGAGCUCACCCCGUUGCGGGGAUUCGAACCGCCGACCUUCUGAUCGGCAAGCCCUAGGCUCUGUGGUUUAAAUGUAAGAUGUGAUUAAUAAACUCGAGCAGACGAUGAUCUGGAUGAGAGAGGGCCACAAUUUUAUUGAUUACAGAUCUAGGUGGAUUUUGGGGCUCCCCUGGACAAGGUUCCCCGAGUUCCUGCUAAAGAACUAACAACCUACUUAUACCUCUUCUGUUCUCAAAAUAGGCAUUGCAAGACAAGAUGAACCUUGGGGCGCCUUCCAGUUCUGUGAUGAUCACGAAUUCACAGCCUCAGAUUCAAAACAGGGGUGGUUAAAUUUGAACUCUGCACUUUGGGGCUUAGAAAUGGCACCAGACUACAUUUGCUGUCUUAUUAUGAUGGAGAAGAGGCGCUGGAUGGUAUGUUGCUAACACACAAGGGGCUGCAAAGAAACGUACAGGUGGCUGCAUCCUGCUUGGAGAGUGGGCCAUAUUUCGAAUUCUGGACCUUCCAUUCCUACCAUUUGCAGACUAAUGGAAGGAACCAGGUGUUUGCAUACGUGUCCCAAGGAUUCCUUGAGUUCUUGUUUACUUGCAUUGCUUUUUCAUUUCUCCUCCCUCCUCCGAUGAGUGGAAACUGGGGUGUCAAAUCUGCUGUGGCUUUGCACGGUCGGCGACGUUCCUUGCUGGUUGGCACAAGAAGGAAACACUCUUUCGUGAAGCAUAUCAAGGCGCGCGAUAAAAACAUGACAAGGGCGGGAAGACAGUGCACCCUUUUGCAGAAGGGUUUUUUUCCCCUUCUCGGGGCCCGUUUCUGCGAGGAUGCUGGUGCCAUGGCGGAGGGCAAACUGGGCUCCAGAAUGUCGUUGGCGGUUGCAGAGUUUGUCCGUGUCUCAGCGGGGGCUGCUCUUGGUUGCCUGCUCAGAAGAUAAAUGGAAGUCUUCGCUCCCCACCCCCAGCAAUUUGAAAUUUGCAUGUGGCGUUGCCAUGACAUCACAUGGGGAAUCCUGAAAUGGCUGCUGGAGCACAACCAAGUGAAUGGGAGCUUGUCUGAAAGCGAUCGACUCUGCCACAAUGCUUCCUCUGUGGAGCGUACCGGGGCUCUUAAGUACAUCCCCAGUUCCCAUUCUGUUUGGCAGGGUGGGGGAGAGUCUGGAAGGAUUCUCAACUCUUCCCCCCCCCCCAGUCGGGUCUCGAACAAUUGUAUGACAGGCAGAAACCCAACCGGUGAAGUUUCACCCCACCUCACCCCACUGUGCUUCCAUGCUAGGGAAAUCUUGCCUUCCGAUUUCUGCCCUGUUAAGCAGUUGUCGGAGGCUCCUGAUCUGUUUCUGCACUUAUUUAUUGUUUAACAGUCAUCUUUAGGAAGACCUUGCUGCUUAAAUGCUCCCUAAUCCUUCUGGUUCUUCGUUCCCCUUUUGAGGGUACCUGGCAAUGUAGGAGCUAAGUAGCUGCUCAGUCAAGCCUGAUUCUGCAAAAGGUUUCUCUCUCCUGCCCUUUGCUGACAGCCAGAUCUCAAGGAUCUCGCUUUAUAAGGGAACAUUCAGCACCCUAGGAAUGCAGUGCCUUGCAUUUUUUUGAGUAUGUUAAAUUACUAGCCCUUAUGGCUGCAGGGACGCGGGUGGCGCUGUGGGUUAAACCACAGAACCUAGGACUUGCUGAUCAGAGGUUGGCGGUUCGAAUCCCCGUGACGGGGUGAGCUCUCGUUGCUCGGUCCCUGCUCCUGCCAACCUAGCAGUUCGAAAGCACGUCAAAGUGCAAGUAGAUAAAUAGGUACCACUCCAGCGGGAAGGUAAACGGGGUUUCCGUGCGCUGUUCUGGUUCGCCAGAAGCGGCUUAGUCAUGCUGGCCACAUGACCCGGAAGCUGUACUCCGGCUCCCUCGGCCAGUAAAGUGAGAUGAGCGCCGCAACCCCAGAGUCGGCCACGACUGGACCUAAUGGUCAGGGGUCCCUUUACCUUUACCUUUAUGGCUGCAGGGUAGGGGGCAUCUGGGCAAAGUCUUGUGAAAAUGCUUCAAGAUGGGAGGGAAGCAAUGGAAAUGACUCCAACUGGUCUUUGGAGCAGGGGCAGAAGAAGAAUAAAUUAUGGAAGAAAUGUACUUGAUUUGAUUAACUUACUCAGGUUGUAGAAUAGUGUUGUCAUGGUGCAGAAUUUAGAUACUUUUUCACUUGUUAUUACUAGGUAGAGGUAAAGGUACCCCUGAUCGUUAGGUUCAGUCUCGGACGACUCUGGGGUUGCGCUCUCAUCUCGCUCUAUAGGCCAAGCGUACCGGCGUUUGUCUGCAGACAGCUUCUGGGUCAUGUGGCCAGAAUGACUAAGCCGCUUCUGGUGAACCAGAGCAGCACACAGAAACGCCGUUUACCUUCCCGCCAGAGCGAUACCUAUUUAUCUACUUGCGCUUUGACAUGCUUUCAAACUGCUAGGUUGGCAGGAGCAGGGACCAAGCAACGGGAGCUCACCCCAUCACGGGGAUUCGAACCUCCGACCUUCUGAUCGGCAAGCCCUAAUCCACAGCGACACCCGCAUUAGUUACUAGGGUGCUUAUUGCCUGAUCAAGUGAAAUUUCCAUGGCAAGGUGAAAAACUCUGUACCUUAAGCGUUUGAGAGAAUCUCCCUGCUAGGGUGUCUCUGAAGAGGCAGCCUAUCCUUAAUGUGGAUUUGAGGUACCCCACAUUUUAUGUUGUGGCGCACAGCCCUCGUUCCUUAUGGGGACAGUAUAACUGAUAGUGACUUUUGCACACACACAAAAGAAAGAAAAGAAAAAGGAUAAAAUGAGGUAUUGGGCCAGGCAUGAAAAGGUGUGUUGCAAGGAGCAGGUGUGCCAUUUUGGGUCGCCCAGAGCGCAUUUGACCAGCACCAAGAGAAAUCAUUGGAAACCAAUUCCAGCCUUGUGGAAGGAAUUGGGAAGGAAUCGUUGGGAGUUGAUGAGCUGUUCAUUUCGUGGCUUUAUUCUCCCAGGAGUAGGUGUUUCUGUCGGUCUGAUUUUAUACUUCCCAUGCAUGGCAGGGCUCUUGGUGAAAACAGAGGGGAGCAAGUUGGUCCAGUGGGGGAAAACUAUCUGAAUACAUUCAUGGAGGACUUUGCUUCUGCUGAAAUGAUGAGCAAUUCCAGAUCAUUAGGGAACUGUUGCUGCGGGUUUUGUGGCUGCUCUGUAAUGAAGCAGCUCCAAAAGCUCUUGUGAAGACAGCAUCUGUCGGGAGAGAGGGAUGCCUUAGCACAAGUGCAGAUUGCCUCCUUUGCAUGCAAAAGUUCCCAGGUUCAGUCCCCCAGCGUCUCUGGGUAGCGCUGGGAGAGAGUCCCUAACUUAAAGCACAGGAGAGCUGUAGAAGACAUUACUGAGCUUGACAGAACCAGUGGUCCAUUCUGUUUUCUUUCUGGGUGGGUGAAUGGAGCUCUGUGUGUUGAGAAGCAAAAGGAGAAAAUCCCCAAAUCAUAGACACUUGGGAUUUGCGUGAAAUUCCAUUUUUGUGCAUGCUCCCUUCCAUGACAUUUGCAUGCGCAGCCUGAUGCGGUUUUUGCACAUUCCUCGCUUCUUGGUGUUCCCAUGCACAAAGAAGAGCCUUGGAGGCAACCUUGUGAGCUACGAAGAGUCACCUGGCACUGACUUUGUUGCAAGCUCCCAAGCAGACUCCCGUGGAGCGAUCGUGCCAUUUACUUAUUGGGUCUCCUUUCUCUAAGCUUUUGGCUUGGUUGCAUGCUGAUUCAUAGCCCGCUGGCAGGCGUGCAGCUUUUGCAGACAAACCCAAAUCCGAAACAUGCGCUGCCUGGCUGCAGGAGUCAUGGUUUGCUCCAUUUGGUUCUACGGGAUGCAACUGUGUUGUGGCUUCACUUGCAGCCACAGUUAAAAGCUGGUUUGAAUGCUGCUGCUGUUAGUGACUGAGCGGAAACCUUGCUGGCUGGAUCAGGUUAGUCUGGGUAAGCGAUGCCUGCAAACAAGGGGUGUGCGGAAAUCUCACUCUGUGUUCCUGAUCAUUCCCAACUUGCUUGCCUUUCUGCCCCAGAUUUGCUCCACCCCUGAGAACUAUGGUCGGACUAGGAUGGUGGAACACAUGAUGAAUGUCUGUCUCUGUACCAGCCUCUUCCAUCGUCAUGUUCUGGGGUCUGGUCAUGGCUGUUUGCGCAUCUGUGGUCAUUUUUUUGUUUUCGAAACGCUGCACUUAGAAAACAUGCACAAUUGCUUCCUCUCCCCUUUCCACCCGAAGCUGGAUCACAGGGGGUAUGCAGGAGGGCUGAAAUUAGUGCCCUAACCGCAUGUUGCUUAUUAGUAUACAGACUGAGUAAUCCAGGCUAAAAGAGAGUGAUUUGGAAGAGAGAUGCUUUCAUUCUGCAGUGCUCUCGCGCUCUCUCUCUGGCAAGGUUUUAGCUGCUGCUCCUUAGUGAACUGGCCAGACCUUCACAGCUAUUUUAAUUGGCUUUUGGAGGUGUUCGCACUCCAGGCCACUUCUGGUAAAUCCAGGCUGACUGCAUUUCUUAGAUAAUGGGGUGGUGGAUUUCUCUGGCUUGAGCCUGGGGACCAGUCUAGAUUCUAUUGACCCAAAGCCUGCUGGUUCUGCUUUUUCUUUGGCAGGCCCUGGCAUGGGGACAAUUGAUCGGCUAUUUCUCAUGCAGUUUUGUUUUUUUGGGAGUGGGGGAUAAGCUUGGUACAUCCCUUUCUGCUUGGUGGUGGGGUGUUCAAGGCUGGGGAAGGGGAUGUGGACCGAAAAAGUGUUUGGGUGUUGUUGUUUAGUCGUUUAGUUGUGUCCAACUCUUCGUGACCCCAUGGACCAGAGCACGCCAGGCACUCCUGUCUUCCACUGCCUCCCGCAGUUUGGUCAGACUCAUGUUUGUAGCUUCAAGAACACUGUCCAACCAUCUCGUCCUCUGCCAUCCCCUUCUCCUUGUGCCCUCCAUCUUCCCCAACAUCAGGGUCUCUUCCAGGGAGUCUUCUAUUCUCAUGAGGUGGCCAAAGUCUUGGAGCCUCAGCUUCAGGAUCUGUCCUUCCAGUGAGCACUCAGGGCUGAUUUCCUGAUAGGUUUGUUCUUCUUGCAGUCCAUGGGACUCUCCAGAGUCUCCUCCAGCACCAUAAUUCAAAAGCAUCAAUUCUUCGGUGAUCAGCCUUCUUUAUGGUCCAGCUCUCACUUCCGUACAUCACUACUGGGAAAAGAAACUGCACAAUGGUUCUUCAGUUGCACUGGAUUUUUAUAGGGACAUCGGGUUCAGUACAUUGCUUUCCCUCAGCCAGAUACGAAGUAGGCUCUCUCCCUACCCCACCCCAAUCUGGAAUGGAGGGUAGUGUUCAAAAUUAGCCAGGCGCAUUUUGCACCUGGCUAUCAGCCACUCGCGACCAAGUGAAGAUGCCUGGGCCCCAGGAUAGUGCCUGACAUCUCCACCAUCUGGGGAUCAUUGGAUCGGGACUAUUUUGACACACUUAAUACCCCACCCAGUAGAAUUCUAUCGGUUAUAUUUUAUCUGCACAAUCAGAAUGGAUUUCUGGAACCAAAAUGCUUUUUCUGAGCAGGAGCAGUCAGCAGUCAGCAGGAGCAGAAAAAGAGGUCAGAAUAGACCAAUAUACCGUAUUUUUUGCUCUAUAAGACUCACUUUUUCCCUCCUAAAAAGGAAGGGAAAAUGUGUGUGUGUCUUAUGGAGCGAAUGCAGGCUGCGCAGCUAUCCCAGAAGCCAGAAGAGCAAGAGGGAUCGCUGCUUUCACUGCACAGCGAUCCCUCUUGCUGUUCUGGCUUCUGAGAUUCAGAAUAUUUUUUUUCUUGUUUUCCUCCUCCAAAAACUUGGUGCGUCUUAUGGUCUGGUGCGUCUUAUAGAGCGAAAAAUACGGGUAUAUGUGGAUUGUCCCUGGAUCAAGUGACUUUUCUUCCUUAAGUUCUCAAACUUCCUAACCCAGCUCAAGGUUGUCAUUUGAAGCAAUCACAGUCAGUCCAUCAUUUGAAAAAUAAGGCUUUAGAGCUGUCUUGCCCCCAGACGGCAACUGGACAUUCCGUUUUGGCGACUGUAACCUUGGUUUAAGGAGCCAUUUGGCCCCUAGCUUACAUAUUUGAGUUUCUAACAGGGGGGAAAGAACUUCAGAGGCGGAGACUGAGCACAGUUUUGAAGCAGGCGUGAGUCCCUCUUUCCCCUCUAGGACAUUAAGUGACGCCUGGGCUCAGAUCCCAAGCCACUUGCGUAGCUCAUGCACAGCGGCUGUGAGCGAGUUGUUCUGCGGCAGCCUGGCGAUCUCGCAGUGGAGGCAGAAUGUGAAAACCGUUCAGUAGCUAAAAUGUGUGGUUGAAAUGAGAGCGAUUGCUGGUAAUGGACAUAAAGGCCGGAGGAAAAGAAUCCAAUUCUUCAGAGGCAGCAACGUAUAUUCAGUGCCCAGGUGUUUGAGGUUUGAUCAGCACGGUGUCACCUUGGUUUUGACAGAUUAUACGGCUUUCAUCUGGAGGAACCGAUUCCUCACAUUAUUAGAGCAGCUUUGAAAAUGCACCUUUGGGCUCCAUCCAAGCCCUCUUAUUCCUCCUGGACUAUUUUGUGAUGGAUAGAGUUGCGCCAGUGCAAGGAGGCAGGCUGCUUGGCUUUUCUCUAAUUUGCAACAGCUUCUCUUUACCCGCAAAGUACUUUGGGGGGGGGGGGAGAAAAUAAAUAUUUUUAUACCACGAAAUGCUUUUAAAGAUAUCAAGACCAUGAGCAGCGUAAAAACUGCCAGUAAAUUUACACCAGUUAAAAAAACCAAAAAAGGUUGUUUAGUCGUGUCCGACUCUUCGUGACCCCAUGGACCAGAGCACGCCAGGCACUCCUGUCUUCCACUGCCUCCCGCAGUUUGGUCAAACUCAUGUUAGAAGCUUUGAGAACACUGUCCAACCAUCUCAUCCUCUGUCAUCCCCUUCUUGUGCCCUCCAUCUUUCCCAACAUCAGGGUCUUUUCCAGGGAGUCUUCUCUUCUCAUGAGGUGGCCAGAGUCUUGGAGCCUCAGCUUCAGGAUCUGUCCUUCCAGUGAGCACUUAGGGCUGAUUUCCUUAAGAAUGGAUAGGUUUGAUCUUCUUGCAGUCCAUGGGACUCUCAAGAGUCUCCUCCAGCACCAUAAUUAGAAAGCAUCAAUUCUUCGGCAAUCAGCCUUCUUAAUGGUCCAGCUCUCACUUCCAUACAUCACUACGGGGAAAACCAUAGCUUUAACUAUAUGGACCUUUGUCGGCAAGGGGAUAUCUCUGCUUUUUAAGAAUAACAACACAUAGAAUAACAAAUCAACGAAUCAAAUAAACUUUACUGGAGUAAGGCUAGCUGAACAAACCUGUUUUAAGCAGGUGCUUAAAUUCCAGUGGUGUUGACGCCUGCCUGAUAAUUUACCGGGAGAACAUUCCAAAGGGCAGGUGCCACAACACUAAAAGCCCUGGGGAGUUUUCUUUGUAGAUGCAAGGAGCUUGUGACACCGCUAGCAGUGCCUGUUUCAAGGUAUGCAGCGACCAGGCAGGGGUAUGUAAGGUUAGGUGAUCCUGAAGAUAAUCAGAUCCCAAGUUGCUCAGGGCUUUGUCUGCUGAAAGCAGGAUCUUAAACUUGUUCUGGUAGCAUAUUAGCAGCCCGUGUGGUUCUUUCAGCAAUGGUGUUGCAUGUUAUAAAGGAAACCCAACCCCAAGCCUGCCGUCAGCAACCUUGCUGCAGCAUUCCUUAUCAGUUGCAGCUUCUGGACCAGCCUUAAGGGAAAGCACUAUGUUUUCCUUGCACCAGGAAAACGAAAGACGUCUGAUAUACGUAGGGAGAAAAUACGAAGAUGCUGCUCCUUUCCAGAGGGAUUGGGGCCUUUGGGAGGCCUUUUGGAACCAGAGAACCACAGCCUUUUCACAGCUCUGUUGUUUGAGCUUCCAUGCCAACAUUUCCCCCAGCUUUCCAGUUCAACUUUCACCAGAAGAAGCUGCAGUUCCACCCUGCAGUGUUAGAAAUUAGCCAGGCGCCAGGCGCGUUUUGCCACCGGUGCAGUUCCAAUUGCGACGGUGCGGAGAUCUCUGCAUGCCAGACUGGGGGAAGCAAAAUGUCACUGAACAGAAGGAUCUAAAAUGUUUCCCUUGAAGUUUGAAUUUUGGGUUUUUUUCCUGGAUUGUUUUAUUUGAUGUUUUAAUGUAUUGUAGACCUUAAGAUUUGUUCCUUGGAAUAUAAAACGGUAUAUUAAUGAAAUGAAUCACCCUCAUCACAAAAAAGUGCCAAGAUAUUCCAUGGGGGUGGGGGGGAUUCCCUGGUCCUGGAUGGGGUAACUGUGCCCCUGAAGGACCAGGUGCGCAGCCUGGGAGUCAUUCUGGACUCACAGCUGUCCAUGGAGGCGCAGGUCAAUUCUGUGUCCAGGGCAGCUGUCUACCAGCUCCACCUGGUACACAGACGGAGACCCUACCUGCCUGCGGACUGUCUCACCAGAGUGGUGCAUGCUCUGGUUAUCUCCCGCUUGGACUGCUGCAAUGCACUCUACGUGGGGCUACCUUUGAAGGUGACCCGGAAACUGCAAUUAAUCCAGAAUGUGGCAGCUAGACUGGUGACUGGGACUGGCCGGCGGGACCACAUAACACCGGUCCUGAGAGAUCUGCAUUGGCUCCCAGUACGUUUCCGAGCACAAUUCAAAGUGUUGGUGCUGACCUUUAAAGCCCUAAAUGGCCUCGGUCCAGUAUACCUGAAGGAGCGUCUCCACCCACAUCGUUCAGCCCGGACACUGAGGUCCAGCACCGAGGGCCUUCUGGCGGUUCCCUCAUUGCGAGAAGUGAGCUUACAGGGAACCAGACAGAGGGCCUUCUCGGUAGUGGCGCCCACCCUGUGGAACACCCUCCCUUCAGGUGUGAAGGAAAUAGGCAGCUAUCCUAUCUUUAAAAGGCAUCUGAAGGCAGCCCUGUUCAGGGAAGUUUUUAAUAUUUAAUGCUGUAUUGUUUUUAACACUCGACUGGGAGCCUCCCAGGGUGGCUGGGGAAACUCAGCCAGAUGGGCAGGGUAUAAAUAAAUAAAUAAUAAUAAUAAUAAUGACCUAGGCCAUUUGAUUAGAUUAUAUAUCUGAGUUUCUGACACUGCUUGUGGGUCUGAUACCACUUGUUGGUCUCCUUAAGACGCGGGAGACAUAUGGUGCUGUGUGAAGAAUAUUGCUUGUUGUUAAUGCUCCUGUCAUUGUGUGCUGUGCUUCAGAGGUGACUCAUUGCAAAAGCAAUUAGGGCUCCCUCUUUGUGUCAGACUGGCACUGUGCGUCUAGAUCUCUUCUCUGCAGCGUUGCCCUCCUUGCUUGGAAGACGCAGCAGAAUCUUUCCCUUGCUCCUGUUUCCCCAUCCCCAGCCUUGGGCUCUUCCUGGACUUGGAUUUGAACAUUAGGUAAAGGGUAAAGGGACCCCUGACCAUUAGAUCCAGUCGCGGCCGACUCUGGGGUUGCGGCGCUCAUCUCGCUUUACUGGCCGAGGGAGCCGGCGUACAGCUUCCGGGUCAUGUGGCCAGCAUGACUAAGCCGCUUCUGGCAAACCAGAGCUGCACACAGAAAUGCCGUUUACCUUCCCGCCAGAGCGGUACCUAUUUAUCUACUUGCACUUUGACAUGCUUUCGAACUGCUAGGUUGGCAGGAGCAGGGACCGAACAACAGGAGCUCACCCCGUUGUGGGGAUUCGAACCGCUGACCUUCUGAUCGGCAAGCCCUAGGCUCUGUGGUUUAACCCACAGCCCGUCUUUUAAAAGCAGCUACAGCGAACGGGGCUGUGCCUUUGGGAGCUCGUGUGCAGAGCACCCAGCCCUCCUGAUAGUGGCACGUUGUGCUCUGGGUAGAUAUGUCCGGGGCUAGUCCUAUCAUGCAACAGGGGAAUUGGGAGAGAUGAGCUCUUGCGUCCCACCCACCUUUGCAAUGCUUGGAUUUUGUCGAUUUGGCUCAGUGUGCGCAGUGGCCCCGCAGUCAAACUCUCUCUCUGAUAUUCUGGCACUUUGGCUGCCAUGAUCAGGUCUUGGCACAGUGUAGAGCUACAAGAUGCCAAGAGCAAAAGUGGGCAUCACUGCUUCUGAACCGGAGCAACGAAUGUCACUAUCUCCCAGAGCAGAUGAUGGAUUGGCUCCGUUCUGGGUGCAGAGUGCAGCUGUUCGUUGCAGUCCUUGGCCUGGCAAGAGAGCAGCAACUUGGAUGAGUUGGGACUUUGCAGGCAGCUCUGCCUGGCUUUUGUAACUGGCUCCCUGGGUGAGGGUGGAACUAGACAUUACGAGAUACACUCGCAGCUGCUCCCGAAAACAGCCGCUGCCUUUUGACUUCACCCCUUUCCCUGCCUGUGGCAUGAAGUACAGCUGUGUCCCAUUCCUUAGUGCCACACCAUUCCACAUUAACCCCACCUCACCCCUCUCAGUGGUCGCCGGCUGAGAUGGGGAUCUGCAAAAACCUAGGUGGUCAUGGAUGUUGUACUAGACGUUAGAGCAGGGAGAGUCAACCUGGUCCCUACUGCCUGCUAGUGGAUUCCAGGUGGGCGGUAGGGGGUUCUACGCCACAUGUUACUGCAGCACUGGUGGGUGGUAAGGAGAUUUUACCAUCAAGAAAAAUGCAUUAGUGGGGGUAGGUAUAAAAAGGUUCACUACCCCUGUGUUAGAGAAUGUCAGGAGCGAGCCAGCAAUAAAUCACACGGAGUAAGUGGCAUUAACUCUUUAUUAGCAGAUACAAGGCCAGCUCAGGAGUGCCAGGCCUAAGGAGCACAACAACUUUUCUUGGUAGGUCUUUCCCCCAUGAGGCAGUUGUGGAGACGAAAGGUCCCUGCCUUCCCAUGGCUGCCUAAGACUCCUGCUCCCCUGGGUCCUUCCCAAGCAAUAUGAGACUCCGCCAGCACACCUGUCUCUGCUCCUCUCACUUCACACCUCUCCUGGUCCUGGGAGACCAGGGCGAAGGGGAGCUUGUCACAGCAGAAGGGGGAGACACCCUGGCUUUUUCACCAGCCUGACUCAGCUCUGCCUCUUGGCCUCCCUCCUCUUCUGCUUCAGCUUCUGCCUCUGAUUUUGGACUGCUCUCUGCCACAACCUCUUCCUGCUCACUAAACCCUGUUACCUCUUCAGCUUCCCAGGCUCUGAGCCUUCUUCCCGGGAGAGCCUCCCACCAUUCACUUGCAUCCAGCCGGUCCACGACAUUGAAGGGUAGAUGAGAGCUAGGCACGUAGCUGCUGGUUUCUUGGCGGCAGCCACACGCAUCUCAUGACACCUUGCUUCACCCUGCACACUUUGUUCUGGUGUGGGAAGAAGGGCUCGGUGCUCCAGCAAUGGAAAUAGUAAUAGAGUGCAUCUCAGCGCUUGGAGCAUGCCUCUCCCUCGCCACCGAGUCAGCACAGUCGUUCGCGAUUUAAUUGAGAUUGCAGGUCAGAGAUCACAUCCAGCUAGCUUCCUCCCCAGCCUCUUCCUUUGGAAAUGAAGGACUGGUCAUUUCUUGCUGGUAGUAGUAGCUGCUAUCCAGGAGGGGCAGUUCCUCAGCUGUGAAGUAGCAAGUGCUCCCGUCCCUAAGGACUAAUCCGGAAGAGGACAUUUCUUGCUAACAUAAGGGGAGGUUCAGAACGGGUCCAGUCUGGGCGGUGAGGUAUCGCCCAUUGGUUUGUCCUUUCCUCCUUUUGUCCAUUAUAAGCAAGCACCUGUUCCUUCUUCCCUCCCAAGAAGCUGAACUCUGCUCACGCAGCUGAACCAAAACCUACGAAAAUGUCGUGCCACAAACUCAUUGCUGUCUAGUGAGGCAUUGGCAAUUUGUGCCUCAAAUCAAAACGUUUGCUCUCAUUUGCGUUUUGGAGGGGCAUGUGCUGUUGUGGAUUUGGCUUCGGCAGAAUAUAUAAUUGCAGCAUUAUUUAUGGCCUGGGACUCGGGUGGCGCUGUGGUCUAAACCACAGAGCCUAGGGCAGGGGUAGGCAGCCUAAGGCCCGGGGACUGGAUGCGGCCCAAUCGACAUCUCAAUCCGGCCCGCGGACGGUCCAGGAAUCAGUGUGUUUUUACAUGAGUAGAAUGUGUCCUUUUAUUUAAAAUGCAUCACUGGGUUAUUUGUGGGGCAUAGGAAUUCGUUCAUUCCCCCCCCCCCAAAAAAAAAUAGUCUGGCCCACCACAUGGUCUGAGGGACGGUGGAGCAGCCCAUGGCUGAAAAAGGUUGCUGACCCCGGCCUAGGGCUUGCUGAUCAGAAGGUCAGCGGUUCGAAUCCCCGCAACGGGGUGACCUCCCGUUGCUCGGUACUAGCAGUUUGAAAGCACGCCAGUGCAAGUAGAUAAAUAGGUACUGCUCUAGCGGGAAGGUAAAUGGCGUUUCCGUGCGCUGCUCUGGUUCGCCAGAAGUGGCUUAGUCAUGCUGGCCAUAUGACCUGGAAAGCUCGGCCAGUAAAGCGAGAUGAGCGCCGCAACCCCAUGGUCGUCUGUAACUGGACUUAACAGUCAGGGGUCCCUUUACCUUUAAUUUAUGGCCUCUGCAGCGCUGGUAUCCUGGCACCACUUCUACAAGGUGGGGAAAUUUGCUUCAGGCUACCUAUUCUAAACAGAAGGGAUGUUAGUUCCCUGGCUUCCAGUCCACGGUCCCAAGGAAUUUCCUGCAUGGCACUUUGAAAGUACAAAGCAUCUGUUUAUAAUUGCCACCACAGCCAAUGUUUGAUAUAGAACCUAGGUGCCAAAUGGCUCCUUAAACCCAGGUUACAAAAUGGAAUGUCUAGUUGCCGUUUGGGGCAAGUCUUAUUUUUCAAAUGAUGGGCUGACUGUGGUUGAUUCUCAGUUAAACAACUGGCUGGUUCAAAUGAUAACCUUGAGCUGGGUUAGGAACUUUGAGAACUUAAGGAGGAAAAGUGACUUGGUCCAGGGACAGUCCACACACACAUAUAUAUAGGCCUAUUCUGACCUAUUACGCGGGUGGCGCUGUGGGUAAAACCUCAGUGCCUAGGACUUGCCGAUCGCAUGGUCGGCGGUUUGAAUCCCCGCGGUGGGGUGAGUUCCCGUCUUUCGGUCCCAGCUCCUGCCCACCUAGCAGUUCGAAAGCACCCCUAAAGUGCAAGUAGAUAAAUAGGUACCGCUUUAUAGCGGGAAGGUAAACGGCAUUUCCGUGUGCUGCGCUGGUGCUGGCUCGCCAGAGCAGCUUCGUCACGCUGGCCACGUGACCCGGAAGUGUCUCCGGACAGCGCUGGCCCCCGGCCUCUUAAGUGAGAUGGGCGCACAACCCUAGAGUCGGACACGACUGUCCCGUACGGGCAGGGGUACCUUAUUCCGACCUCUUUUUCUUAAUAGUGACCUGGACCAUUCAUAACAUAGGAAUAUUCUUCAGAACUGUGUGCAGGGCAGUGGGGUGGGUUAAGUGAAGACGAACUACUACAGUUUACUAGAAUGUUAUUGACUGCUCCUGCUCAGGCUGCACAGAAAAAGCAUUUUGGUUCCAGAAAUCCAUUCUGAUUGAGCAGAUAAAAUAUAACUGAUAGAAUUCUACAGGGUGGGGUAUUCGUGUGUGAAAACAGUCCUGAUCCAAUGAUCCCCAGAUGUCAGGCACCAUCCUGGAGCCAGGCAUCUUGACUUGGUUGUUAGUAGCCAAUAGCCAGGUGUCAAAUGUGCCUGGCACCUGGCUAAUUUUGAACACUGCUCACAGCCCUCUAAGACCAGUUGUUGUUUCCAUUUUACAGAGGGGAACUGGGAAGCUAUAAUUUGCCCGUGGACACCCAAUGGGAAACGAUGACGGAAUUGGGACUUGGAAAUAGAUAUUCAGGAAAGCCAACUGUCUAUCAGGACUUUGGAGACUCUUAGACAGGGAGAGGGGUAGUUUUGUUGCGUGGCGAUCCUUACCUUAUUACCCUUGGUCUGCUUUGGUGGUCAAACGCCAGUUGCUAGACCCUCAAUCUUUUCCUAAGUUCUGGGGUCAACAAUGCUUUUUUAUUCCCGUCUCCUGGAUUCCUCCUCUGCUGGGCUAUGAAACUUGAAGCAAUUCUAGCUGGAGGGAAAGCAACCUUUGGAAAACACUUUGGCAAGUAAAGGGGUUAAGCCUUCUGCACGCACGUUACUUCUGCAAAUGUGGUUUUUUUAGAAACUGUGUGUAGUUCUGUCUUUUUUAUAUAUAAAAAGGUGUUGCCUCGUUUUGCAGGUUGAGAACCUUCUGGGCCUCCAAACUGGAUAGAAUGUUUUUUGUAUCUUGUAUUUUUCAUGUUGGGAAUCUCCCUGAAAUCUACGAAUGAAAGGUGGUAUACAAAUUAAUUAAAUAAAUCUAAAUUAGGAGGGCAUUCAGGUGUGCACGCACCCCAGGAAAGUUGAAAUGAACCGGGAGGGUGAAUGCUUGACGAAACCGCAUACAAAAGGACUUAAAUGCACAUGUUUAUCAAAUCUGAUAGACACUCUUUUAAACGGUUUCUUAAUUAUGAGUUGAGGAGCUUUAAAACAACCGUAAUAUAAAACCAGGGUGUGUGGAGUUGUGCAUGGGUCACUUACCAUCUACUGGAAACCAUUUAUCAUUCAGUCCUGCAAAUUUGAAAUUUCCAGAUUUUAAUUUCAAAAAACGUGUCGGCUCUGUGUGGAAUUCUGUUUCAGCUGUUAAGGGAUAAGCCCUCUAAGUUAAAAGGCCGAAUGCUAUGUAUAAUCUCAAUACGAACAAGCUAAUGUUAUGUGUGUUUCUUACACAGGCUCAACAUACUAUGACAAUGUGCGCCCCCUUGCCUAUCCUGACUCGGAUGCUGUUCUCAUCUGCUUUGACAUUAGCCGCCCAGAGACCUUGGACAGCGUCCUUAAAAAGGUGAGCCAGCUAGAAUAUAAUGGGGAGUUUGGGAUGGGGCAGGGGAUGAUCUUUCAGUUUGGGGAGAGCUGACAUCUUGAAAAAUACAGUGGUGCCCCGCAAGAUGAAUGUCUCGCAAGAUGGAAAACCCGCUAGACGAAAGGGUUUUCCGUUUUGGAGGUGCUUCGCAAAACGAAUUUCCUAUGGGCUUGCUUCGCAAGACGAAAAUGUCUUGCGAGUUCCUGCGGGUUUUUUUCCCUCCCCCCCCCUUUCCCAAGCCGCUAAGCCGCUUAUCAGCUGAUCCGCUAAGCCGCUUAACAGCUGAUCGCUAAGCCGCUUAUCAGCUGAUCCGUUAAGCCACUAAGCCGCUUAUCAGCUGAUCCGCUAAGCCGCUAAUAGCGCUAAUCCGCUAAACCGCUAAUGGGCUUGCUUCGCAAGACGAAAAAACCGCAAGACGAAGAGACUCGCGGAACGGAUUCUUUUCGUCUUGCGAGGCACCACUGUACAGCGGAACUCCAGAAUCACAGUUGUGCUACAGGCUCAAAGCUGAAUUUGAAGACACUCGAACUCAGGAUGCAAGGGAGAAACAUGCUAAGAGGAAGGCAUGCUUGGCAAAUCCACACCGUGAUCAAUUCCCGCCCGGAAACCAAUGUCCCCACUGUGGAAGGACGUGUGGAUCCAGAAUUGGUCUCCACAGUCACUUACAGACUUGUUGUUAAAACCGUGUUUAUGGAAGACAAUCUUACUCGGCUACGAGGGAUCGCCAAAGAAGAAGAGAAGGCUCUAAGCUUUGGUUUCUGACAUAGUUUCCCUUCCGGAGCUUGCGUUCUGGGAAUUUGGGGAUGGGACUCCAGGGGAAAGACUCUAGUCCUCAUGCCUAGAAUAUCUCUGACAACUUGCCGGCAAACGCUGCUAUCCAGGGAGCGCUGUCCACGUGCGAAAACAGGAGACUGCAAAUGGAACAGCGAUGCUGUUCUUGCAUGCUGUUCUUCUCACAUCUAUUUGCGGAAUAUUCUGUGCCAGCUGUGGAUUAUGGCCAGCAUAACCGAAAGCCCCAAAUGUGCCUGGCAACACUGCAUAUUUAGCUUCUUCUUUCUUUAAAUCAGAACGGCUGGAGCCAAGAGCUGUUUCUGUUACGUGACACUGUGGGCGAGGCUUUAACUUUAUAUUAUUUUAGUUAAAAGUUCCCAGAAGUCGAUGCCGCAGGACUUGGAACCCACCUAGUCCCAACUGCAUGCUCAGUGACCUUGAGUUCUGAACUUCUGGGUGGGGGGAAAACUAAGAGGGUUUUGAAAUGGGCUAUCUCUGCGCGUUCUGGCAAAUUGUUCCUGUUCCCAUCUAUACCCUUCACUGCUCACCUUCGGUCUGUCUCUGCAGCAACCCUCCCAGAGGCUUUGAGAGGAACGCGUUGAGGGUUUUUUGAAGCUUAAAACAAAUGGGUGUCCCAUAGGACUUCUUUUCCGAACAGCUUUCUGCUUCCCUCCAGUGAACACUGCACAGGCUUGUGUGGCAGAAAUUGUUCCUCAGGUGCUGCGAAGCAGAAAUCAGGGGGUGUAGCUUUUUGAUACUGAUAUAAAUAUGGGAGGUUUUGAAAGCAGAGUGUUGUGCCCCCAGGCUGAAAUGUGAAUGCGUCGGGGAAGGGUGGGGAGCCCUCGUAAUUGCUGCCCGUUGGGUGCAAAACUGGAGUUGGCUGCAAAAUAGGAACCGGCUUUUGAUUUCCCACUGAGCUUUGGCUCCACACAGCUUGUAAGGCCAGAGGGGAAGGGAAGCCAUUUGACGCUCUUUGAAUAAACAACUUUGUAGAGACUUGAUUUCUACUGAGCUGAGGCUCGGUGGAGACACCAAGGUGACCCAAAUUCAGUGCCAGAAAUCUGUAUGAACAAUGCAAAUAAUCCUGAAUUUUCCCAUUUGUGCUUCUGUUAUUUGCUGGUAGGAAAAACCCCCUCCAAAGAUUUAUUCAAGGCUGUGUAGCAGUCCCCAUCACUGACGGAACCCUUCUCAGCCCAGCCCCAUAACACUGGGGACUUUCCCACACUUUGAAGUGUUUUCAGCCUCACGGGCCAGAAACUUGCUUUUAUAGCUGAUGUUUGAAGCAGAGAUUCUUGGAAUACUGAAGUACGUUGGCCAGUACCAAUUUCUGUUCCUGGGGUGGUGCGACAAUGAAGUCAUGGAACGGGCACAGCAGCGAAAAGAAAAGGAAGCCUUGUAGUAUAUGCAGAGAGCAGAGCCAGCAUCACUGAGCAAAAUAAGGCAGACUCUACCAAUAUAUUAUUUAGAUGCCCAAGUAGCCCAGGCAUUGUGCAAAAACUGUUGAAAGAGAACAUGUCGCAACCUGAAAGCUUUACAAUAGAAAUCUUCAGCUUGUAAUUUAAAUUUUGCAAAGGGGUAGUGUAUCAUUUUUAUGUGCUGAAUAUCAGCAAGUAACGCCCUUUCCUUUCCUGGAACGCUGCUUUUCAGUAUUGUUGCUGAUUUAUGGAAUGUGGCAUCGCAUGAAAAAACAUUACCGGUUGUAUUUUGCUGCUCGUCUAAAUAGCAACAAGUGUUGCGGCGGAGAGCGCUUUUAAAAAAUGGCAAAAGGCAAGAAGCAUAAUGGAGGUGAGAGGUGUCGGGGAUUGGCUGGACCGAAGAGGAGUAGUGGGAGCCCCAAGGGAAAUCCCAGAAGAGGAAGGAUCAGAGGCCGGGGAUUGGUGGUGGGGCACUGAGGGGAGGUCAGAGGGAGAAUUGGAUGCUGAAGGGGCAACAGGGUUUAGUGAGCAGGAAGAGCCGGUGACAGGGAGCAGUUCAGACUCAAAGGAUGAAGCAGAGGAGGGGGGUUCAAGAGGCUGCUGAAGAAUCCAGGGAGUCUCCCUCUUCAGCUGCGACAAGCUCCCCUCCCUGCUGGUCUCCAAGAAUGAGCAAGAUAAUGAAGAGAGCAGAACAGAGGCCAGAGGUGCGCAGACGCAGUUUGAGACUGCUUGGGAAACAUCCGGGAGAGGAGGAGCCUUAGACGGGGUGGAAGGCAGGGCCCUUCAGUCCUGGCAACUGCUCCAUAGGGGCAAGACCUGCUGAGAAGUGUUGCUGAGUUGUAUGCCGAUUCCUUGAAUAAAGAGUUAACUUUAUUGACAACGGAGCCUUGCGUCUCUCGUGCUGACCUGUGUCUGACUCCAGCCCUGACAGCAGGUGAUUGAGCCAGUUUUUCUAACCUCACUGUACUUUAUUUCCCGAUUUUGUUCCCUCGCAGUGGCAGGGGGAGACGCAGGAGUUCUGCCCCAGCGCCAAGGUGGUUCUGGUGGGCUGCAAACUGGACAUGCGCACUGACCUGAACACUUUACGGGAACUUUCCAAACAGCGCCUUAUCCCCGUCACACAUGAGCAGGUAUGUUGUCGUCGUCAUUGUUGUUUUCCUUAGAGCCUGGGCUCACCGUGCGUAACUCAGUGCUAGGCCUCGAUUUCAAGAUACAUUAAUAAAAACGGAGACUGGCUCUGAGCAGGCAAAAAGUGUUUUUCAAGUAAGUGAGAUAGGAAGUCCUUGGUGCCAGAAGAUGUGGGUGUGAGGCAGGCUUGAGCCUGCCCACCCCCUGUAGCACCUCCGCUUUUAAAAACUGAUCAUUGGCCUUGAGAUAAUAAUAAUAAUAAUAAUAAUAAUAAUAAUAAUAAUAUGCCGCCCAUCUGACUGGGUUACCCCAGCCACUCUGGGUGGCUUCCAGUAAAUUAAAACACAGUAAGAUAGUACAAGGGACGCAGGUGGCACUGUGGGUUAAACCACAGAGCCUAGGACUUGCCGAUCAGAAGGUCAGCGGUUCAAAUCCCCGCAACGGGGUGAGCUCCCGUUGCUCGGUCCCUGCUCCUGCCAACCUAGCAGUUUGAAAGCUCGUCAAAGUGCAAGUAGAUAAAUAGGUACUGCUCCAGCGGGAAGGUAAACGGCGUUUCCGUACGCUGCUCUGUUUCGCUAGAAGCGGCUUAGUCCUGCUGGCCACAUGACCCAAAAGCUGUACGCCGGCUCCCUUGGCCAGUAAAGCGAGAUGAGCGCCACAACCCCAGAGUUGAUCACGACUGGACCUAAUGGUCAGGGGUCCCUUUACCUUUAAGACAGCAAACAUUAAAAACUUAGGGUUCAGAAGUCUGAAGGAUGUAUAGAUUCUUGCACCUGACAUGUGCAGGAGCCAAACGUAUGUAUUGCCCCAGUUGACUACAAGCACCCAGUGCAUGUAAGCUACGUUUAUCUUCUCUGGUUUAUGCACUUGUGUGUGCAUGUGUGUGUGUGUGUGUGUGUGAAUCCCUACCCCCAGAAGUGUUUUCUGGCAGGAAAUGAGUGGAAGGCAGCAAAAAAAAAAAAAAAAAAGGACCGCAGGGCAGGUAAUUGCAGGUGAUGCGAGCUAACGAGCCAGCCCAUGUUCUCAGGGCUGCUAAUUAAUCAUCAAAAUGGGGGGGGGGGAAUGAUUUCCCAACCCAUAUAUGGUCACGUUUGUAAAGAAUUCCUCUCUAUCCUCUCUGUGCUGUAGCCCACCCUGUGGCCAAUGAAAUGAGCAGGACGGAAACCAAGGUGAAUAAAACCCCAACCCUGUAUGUUCAGAGGCAAGUGCAUCUGAAGUACCAGGCAGGAAGGGACAAAGUGCCAGAGGCAGCGCACUCUGCGAUGCUCCUUUUGCACUUUUCCCCGGGGUGGGGCAGGGGACAGAGGGGAGCCGAAUGGCAACUGAGAGCGUUAGUCUCUGCGUGCCAACCCAACAAGGCAAGUGCUUAACAUUGCUUUGCACUCCGGCACUCACAAACCCCAGCCUUUUUCUCACCCCUCGCUAGUUUUACACACCAGCCCUUCCUCCCUUGCUCGUUUUGUGUUAUAUAUAUAUUUUUUAAAAGAAGCACUUUGCUCUCUUUCUACCUUCUAGGGAAAGAACUAAAAUUAACUGCUAGCUGUGAUGUUAAAGAAACACAUGGAGUUAGCAGCGUCUAGGGAAGGUGGUGAGCUGAAAGCAUCUGGUGGGGGCUCCGUAUUAGUGCUAGGAGUACGAAUACUGUGGGGGGGGGGUUUAGAGGACGGAAGGGAGCAGGUCUUGGCAAAAUCAAGGGGGAGGCUUAUGAAACCAAGGUGAGAGAGAGAGAGGGAAAAAGCAGAAGAAUAAAUAUGGGGGCCAAAUUCUGGCGUAAUGUUUUGGUGCUUUUCUCCCCCCCCGCUCCCCCCCCCCUGCACAGGGCAGCAUUUUGGCCAGGCAGCUGGGUGCCGUGGCGUACGUGGAAUGCUCUUCCAAGGUUUCGGAGAACAGCGUGCGGGACGUUUUCCACGUGACCACCCUGGCGUCCGUCAACCGCAUCCACAAGCACCUCAAGCGCAGCAACUCAAAGCGAGGGCUGAAGCGGGCGGCGCAGUUGCCCGCUCGGACGGACUUGUUGACUGACCCCGAGAUCCGCAAAGACCGGGCCAAGAGCUGCUCGGUGAUGUGAGAGGAGACGGAGGAGACCCCCCAGGGGCUGAAGCAGAGCACUGCCUGUCUUGUUCAUAUCUCUUUGUACAGUAUUUGGUCAGGGGGAGGUCUCUGCACCGUUCCCCGGGAUGUAGGCCCGAGGGAAAACAGGCAGCCUUCCCCCAGAAAAAAACGUUUCUGCCUGAAGCCGCGAAAUGCUAUGCAUACAUUGACAACGUCUGGAUGUGGGGCUAGUAUUGCACAGGACACAGAAAAUGCUCAGGUAGCGGAUGACCUCCAAGGAAAAGGAGCGCAUCACUGCGUGAGGCACAGAUAUCGGGGGUGGGCGGGUGGGCAGAAAUCUUCUUAUUCUCUUCAGAGCAAUUAUUUUGGAGCUAGCGUAUGAUGUGUAGGUUGCCCGGGCCACUGGCCUCUUUGUACAGCCAUGGCGUGGGGCAGUCAAGCCAUGCCUUUAGCAUGUGUACAUGUGUGUGUGUGUGUGUUUGUGAAUUGUAUGCGCAAGGCGAAGUGCAGGGCUAGCGCUCCGGCACGGGUCCGGUCGCGGAAUAAAGAGCUGCGGAUGGGUUGGCAGAAAAAAAGGUGGUCAUUUGAGAAGACAAAAUGGCGGCGGGUGUGGGUAGGGUGCGUGUCGGUUUGGGAAAGGCGGGAGAAAGAUGGUAGCGGAGGCUGGGGGGGCUGAAACGCUUUGUAGGGGAAUGGUAAACAGAAGUGCAUUUAAGGCCUUGGACCAUGGGGUAGCUUCACUACUGGACAGGUGAGGCACGGCCAGGUAGGUGGCUGGCAGGACAGUUGGAGAGGUCAGGAGCUGUGUCGUCGGGCGCCAUCUUUUCCUCACAGCAUCCUCUCAGUCACACCCUCUAGUGCCUUCAAUUGCAGGACAUCCGUGCCUCUCUCAUUUGCUUCGUAUGAUUCAAGAGAUGGGAGAGGGACAACUGAACCUCUCAGAGCCACUCCAGCGUCACGGAAGGAGGCCAUCCCCCCCCCCCCGUUGCCGUGCCUUCACCACUCUCUUGUUGCUUGAAAUGCUUUUGACCACUGCAUUGAGGCUGAUGCCAAAGCAGAGUUUGGGUGGGAGUUUUUUCCUCAUAUCUUUUCCCUGGGGAAAAAGGAGGGGAGGAGAAGGAAGGACAGCUCCACUUCUGUGCCACGGGUAGUAAAUUAAACAGGACAUUGUUUUGGCAAUUUAUUGCUGCUGUUGGCUUCCAGUUCCGCGGCACUGCAUGGUUUUGGUUUGCGCCAAAGAGAAGUCAUUCUUUCGUUUUCCCUCAAAGCACAUUUGUGUCUGAAGUCUCUCCUUCCCACUUUGUAUCUGGACGAUGCUGCUUUGGGGCAGCACGUUUAUCGGGAGGUAUGGAAAUGCCGCCAUGCAAAUUCCCUCUUGAGAGGAUUUGGAGAAAUGGGCUUGAUAGACAGGAGCGCAGCGUACGUGUGUGUCAAGAGGCCAGGAAGUAUUGUCGCAUUAGCAUUCAUUAAGGGCCCUGGCAGAGAGUGAGGUCGAGCCACGGAUUGUUGCCAAUGGACAAAUCUGCAAUGAUUGGAGGAGGAGGAGGAGGAGAGGGAGAAAGCUGCUGACUUUGGGCCCUGGACCAGAGAAGGGAACAGAGGUGGCUGUGUGUGUCAAGCAACUUCUUCUUGCAAAUCAAAAUAAUAACUCCAUGCUCCCUAAUAUAUCUGGGAAUUCAGCCAGCAUUGGGGUUGGGUACCGUUUUAGGUUCUUGAUGGGUGUAAAGCUCGUUCUUCCUAAAACACAAACCAAUUUAAUUCUCACCGCCACCAUUAACUUUUUCCACCCUCUGGUGCCAUCGAAGGACUUUUCUCUGGAUCAAAUGCAUGCAAAACUCUAAGGGGAUGUGGUGGCUCUGGAGUCCAAGCCUGCCUGCAAAGUGUGAUUUGGUUGUGUGGGAAACCACCUCUGCAUAUGGUCAGGUGUUCUAGGACUAAGAAAAAAUAAAACAAAAUCUGGAGCGGUCAUGUGCUUCUAACUAAGGGGAGCAAAGGGAUUUUGGGGACAGAGCCCCCCCGAGUUGAGCAAAUGUCUUGUAGGCUGAUCUCAUACUCUCCAGCAUUUCUCUGAUGAAAUUAGGGGAAACACUGAACAUUUUUUUAAAAAACUUCCCUAUACAGGGCUGCCUUCAGAUGUCUUCUAAAGUUUGCCUAGUUACUUAUCUCCUUGGCUUUGGGGUUGCAUAACUCCAUACCCUCCAACAUUUCUCCGGCAAAAACGAGGAUGUUCUAAAGAAAAGUGGGACAUUCUGGGAUCAAAUCAGAAACCGGGACAGCUUCUGUAAAUCCCUGGAAAAUGGGGGCAUUUAGAGGGUCUGUGAUCUACCAUGGCAGCACCCAUUGAGAUCAGGGUGUGGCUAACCUAUAACCCUCCAGAUUUUUUGGGCAACUGGCAGAAUUCAGGCCACAAACUUGCCAACCCUGCUUAUAGGUCUUAGUUUGAGCUAGGCCUCGGGUGUAUCUCUGCAUAUGACGAAGAAGGGGGGUCUCCAUUUUCUACCUCUCCUCUGAGCAGCCAGUGCCUUGUCCACACACACACAUCAUGACUUCAGGACUCUUGAGAUUGCAGCGGCUGCUUUCUACUCUUGGUAGCCAACUCUUCUCGGUGGCUUCUCCCUUUCGAGUUAGCGGGCUGUGUGCCGCAGUUGCUCUGGCACCGAGGGAUCUAUUCACAGGCAGGAUUAGCCCAGGCUGCCCGUUCAUCCUCUCUGCCAAAAUGAAAUAAAAAAGGCACAAUUGUUAACUGCGCUGGGUUUGAGGACAGCGGCUCCAUUGUCCUGGCUGGGCAGCAGCUGGUGUUCCAGAAUCUCCCUUCCAGCCUCUGCUUGGUCUGGGAUUUCGACAUGGGGUUAUCUCAGGCCACGGUCGUCCAUGAGGCCGCCAUGGAGAGUCCUAAACCCCACACAUCCAGGGCUUCAUUGGUAAAAAGUGCAUGCGUGUGUAUGCGCAAGAGAGGGGAGGGUAUCCGGAUGGAAGAUAUGGAACCUUUUAUCCCCAUAUAUUUUGCCAGAAUCGAGAAUCUACAGACGGAAGGAAACCACAACGAUCACCGAAAGAUUUUGAAUUUGAUAGAAAAAUAAUAAGAAUAAAUUUUAGGGCUGAGGUGUUUAAUUCCGUUUCUCUUCCUCCUCCCCGACCCCCCACUCACUCCUGCAUCCCCAAAUGCAAAAUGUUUGGGCUAAUUUGGCAGUUAGCAAGUUUUGUUUUGCGUGAGGGACGAAAGUCGGUCAGUCGCUUAGCAUGACCUGCCCGCUAAGCCAAAUAAUUCCUUGGAGCUUGGGUAUUUUGCCGUCAGCGUAUGAUUAUUAUUAGGCUUCUAAUACAUAAAUUGCCUCCCCUGAUGAGAUGAAAACCUUAUUAAGAGAACAAUUCUUCCUCACAGAGUUGUGUUUUUCCUCCUCUCCCUCCUCAAUAGUUCCUUUUGCUGCUCCAUAUUUGGUCUGCACUGGGAGGCAUGGAUGCUGAAGGAGACGUUUGCCAAAUAUUCGGGGUUGUUGUUUUUUGUCACUAGAUUACUGGAUGCCAUUCCUUUGUUCGGUGUGUUCAGCUGUGUUUUGUAAUGCAAGGCCUUGGCACAAGGGCCCUUUAAGAAGCCGGAGUGCCUCUGAGCAUGGGCAAAUGUACCUAUGAUUGUGUGCUAGGGGUUCUGGAAGGUGCCUGUCCUGAAUAAAAUAAUAAUGGCUGCCUUUC